GAUUGAUGUCCCGAGUGGUUUUGACGUAUCUAAAAUAAUCUCGAUAAAAUUCCUCACAGGUAAACGGUGCGGAGACCCAUUUCACAAAAAAAAGAAGAAAAAAAAAAAAAAAAGAAACAAAAAAGAAAAAAACGUGUUUGGGGGGGGGGGGGGGGUGGGGGGCUGGGUAAAUUUUUGAAAGUUUACUUCACAACAUGAAAACCAUUCUAGUGACAAGUCUGACUGUAAAAAAAGAAAUAAAUCGUUGUCCGCUUUUGUCGCCUCUAUUGUUAACACUAUUAUAUAAUUUCGGGGAUUACCAAUGUUACAAAAAUGCAAGAGACACCAUUUUGAAAUAAACGAGCUGAUUGGUAUGUGUAUUUAAUAGUUUAAAAAAAAAAAAUUAUGCCAUACGUUUUGUGAUUUAUUGUUUUACAGAAGCUAUUUAAUAGCUUAAUUUAAUUACAAAUCAAUAAUUGUUAAUUAUAGUUUUCUAUUGUUUUUGUUUAUUUCAAUAUCUUUCCUUGAAUAGUUGCUUUAGGCUUUAGGACUAUAUAUACAUCAAUGGGUUAAGUAUUACUACUGUUACUGAGUACAAUUCUUCACAGGUAGGUGUUUGGGGGGUUCCGUAAAAGGUAAAAAAGGGGGGUUGACAUAACAGUUUACUAAACAAUGUGACAACAGUUCCAGUUACAUGUCAGACUGUAAAAAGUUAUAAAAUAGCAAUCCGCUUUAUGUAGCCGGUUUAGUUAAAUUUGCAAUAUAUUUUCGGAAAUUCCCAAUAUGACCAAAGACAACAGACGUAACAUUGACAUAAACAGGCACAUGGUAUUAAUAUAUUAAAUUUAUUUAAAAUUAUUGAUUGUUAUACUUUUGGAAGACAUUUAUUUUUUACUUAAGAUAUUUUACAUGUUUAUACAAAUCAAUAAUUAUUAUUGUAAAAAUGCUUUAUUUGGUAACUUUGUUUUUUUUUUAAUAAGGGGUUUAAUAUUGAGGUUUAUUUAUUAAAACGGAAGUUAAUUACAUUUGCAAAUUUUAAAUUAUGUCAUAAUAUAUGUAUACUAGCAGUUUAAAAUAUUUUAUCUCCAUGAAUCUAGUCCGUGUUAUUACAAUUCUCUCUCUCUCUUCCCAGGUAAUAUUAUAUUUAUAUUAAGACUAGAGACCGACCGAAAGUGAUUUUCUGAUUUCGGACGAAGCCGAAAAUAGGCCGAAAGUUUAAAAAUGACUUUCGGCUAUAACGAAAAAAGCCGAAAGUUAAAAAUGACUUUCGGCCGAAACCGAAGCCGAAACCGAAAAUGAAAUAUUUAGAUAUUUUGAAAUUCGUUGCCGCGUACAUUCUGAAUACAUCGAAAAUGAUGGGGGAAAGUAUAAAUAUUUGCAUUCUUUUUAUAAAUAAUGAGAUAAUCGUGAAUAUUAAUAAAUAGACAUCUAAUAUAGGGGUCUCAAACUCGCGGCCCACGAGCCAUUUGUGACCUGCAAGACGAUAUUUUGCUGCCCGCUACAUGACCGUAAAGUUUAGUGUAAAUGCGCCGGCCCGUUUCCCCCAUUCUCAUAUUCAUAACCUGACUCUCCGUGACGGUUUCAGUCUAAUCUCACAGACUAGUCUAAUUCUGAUUUUUUAUAAGGUUUCUAUAUAUUUUAUUAUUAUUAUUAUAAUGGUGAGAACCGUUUUAAACUCGGAAUAAACGUUUUAUUUUUACAGCCUUUCAUCGUUUAAUUUGUUCUUAAAGACCGCUAAGUUUGUUCUUAUAGAUCUUUAAGUUUGUUCUUAAAGAUCGUUUAGUUUGUUCUUAAAGAUCGUUUAGUUUGUUGUUAAUGAUCGGUUAGUUUAUUCUUAAAGAUCGGUGAGUUUAUUCAUAAAGAUCGCUAAGUUUAAUGUUAAAGAUCACUUUAUUUGUUCUUAAAGAUCACUUAGUUUGUUGUUAAAGAUCAGUUAGUUUGUUCAUAAAGAUCGCUUAGUUUGUUGCUAAAGAUCGUUCAGUUUUGUGUUAAUUAUUGCUCUAUUUGUUCUUAAAGAUCAGUCAGUUUAUUCAUAAAGAUCGCCUGGUUUGUUGUUAAAGAUCGUUUAGUUUGUUGUCACUGAAAGGUUAGUUUGUUCUUAAAGAUCGGUGAGUUAGUUCAUAAAUAUCGUUUACCUUGUUCUUAAAGAUCGCUUAGUUUGUUGUUAAGGAUCGUUCAGUUUUUUGUUAAUGAACGCUCUAUUUGUUCUUGAAAAUCGGUUAGUUUGUUCAUAAAGAUCGCCUGGUUUGUCGUUAAAGAUCGAUCAGUUUUUUUUGUUUAUGAUCACUUUUUUAGUUCUUAAAGAUCGUUUUGUUUGUUCAUAAAGAUUGCGUAGUUUUUUGUUUAAAGAUCUUUUAGUUUGUUCUUAAACAUCAUUUAGUUUGUUCAAAAACUAUUGCUGGGUUUUCUUCUUAAAGAUCGCUUUGUUUGUGUUAUUAAAAGAAUCGUUUAGUUUGUUCAUAAAGAUCGUUUAGUUUGUUAUUAAAGAUCAUUGAUGUUUUAACUAAAUAUCGCCUAGUUGUUCUUAAAGAUCAUUCAGUUUGUUAUUAAAGACCAUUUAGUUUGUUUUUAUAGAUCCUUUAAUUUGUUAUUAAAAAUCAUUUAAUUUGUUCUUAAAGACCGCUUUUUUUUUUUUGAAGAUCACUUAGUUUUUUUCAUAAAGAUCGCUUAGUUAGUUCUUAAAGAUAAUAAAUUUUGUUCCUUAAGAUCAAUUAGUUUACUCUUAAAGAUCUUUUAGUUUGUUCCUAAAGAACAUUUAGUUUUCUGAUAAAGAUCGCUUAGUUUAUUCUUAUAAAUAUUUUAGUUUACUACGAAAGAUAAUUUGUCUUGUUCUAAAAGAUCAUUUAGUUCGUUAUUAAAAAUCGUUUAGUUUGUUCUUUAAGAUCGUUUAGUUUGUUAUUAAAGAUCGCUUAGAUUGUUCUUAAAGAUCGCUUAAUUUAUUUUAAAGAUCGUUUAGUUUAUCCUUAAAUGUCGCUUGGUUUGUUUUUAAAUAUCGUUUACUUUGUUCUCAGAGAUCGCUUAAUUUGUUUUUAGAGAUCGCUUUAUUUGUUUUUAAAGAUCGUUUAGUUUGUUCUUAAAUAUCGCUUUAUUUGCUCUUAAAGAUCGUUUAGUUUGCUCUUAAAUGUCACUUAGUUUGUUGUUAAAUAUCGCUUUCGCUGAGUAUUAGAUUAUCGAAAACAAUCCGGCCGAAAGUCUAAGUCAAUUUCGGCCGAAACCGAAAAAAAACGAAAGUUAACUUUUCUCUUUCGGCCGAAACCGAAAUUAAUCCGAAAGUUAACUUUUCAGUUUCCGCCGAAACUUGGCCCAAAUUGAUAAAAUGGCCACUUUCGGCGCCGAAACCGAACCCGAAGCCAAAAUUCGGUGGGUCUCUAAUUAAGACUCAAUGUUUCUAUAAUGGUAGGCACUUUGCUGUACUAUCAAGGUACAAUUGCAAAGUCCGGUAAUAUAAAAUUAAAAUAUGUAUGUAAACAACUGAAAGAAGAGUACAGUAUCACAAACUCUUGAAAUUUAUAUUUAGAAAGUAGUUAAUACGAUUUUGUCUUGUUUUAUUAAGAACUAUGCCUGUAAACAUGAUUACGUAUGAUUACGUUUAUAACUUCAUUUAGUUUUGUGAAAUAAUUAUCUGACCUCAAAUAUAGUUCUACCCAACCACGUUUCAGGACUUUUAAUUUAAAUAAAUUAAUACAUAUCCACAUUUGAAAAAUAUGUCCUUAUAUUUGCAACAACAAUGUAUAUACUAUUUUAAAUACAUUGAACAUUUACAGAUAUUUAUGUUUCGAUUGCUUCAUUAAAAUGGUUACCGCACUUUUGCCUCGCUUUUCUACAUAUUAUCGGAAAAUCUUAAAUACUGAAUUCAUACAUUUAAAGAAGCAUGUCUUAACAAAAUGUUCUGUCUGUAAAAGAACUGAUUUUGCUCUGAUAUAUCAUCAAUAUUAAUAAAUUGUAUACAACCAGUUUACCGUGAACUUUUUUUUUGUAAAGUGACUUUUUUUUUUUCUCUUACUUUGAAAGAAAAUGUUAGGCCAUGUUUUGUUCAUGUCACCGAACUGAAUAGGGGAAAUUGUAUUUUUUAUUUUAUUUUAAAUGUCCAUGUGUAAAGUAAUUGAGCUUUUGAAAUAUUUUAAUCCUUCUACAAAUGCUUUCUUUCUUGUAUUUUCAAUAACUAUUUUUAAUACAUUGUUCAAUACAAACAUAUCUUUUGUUUGCUCAUAAAGAAGUGCUAAGACUUUACCCUCGCGCAUGAACAAUAACUUUGGCAAAUUAAAAAAAUCCUGAUGUUAUUCGUUUGCAAUGUGUCCUCUCUUUUUUUUCGUAUAACCCUUUUUUGAGUUAUUAGUAUGGUUAUAAAAAAGAAGAAAAAAAAACACAAUAAGACAAUCAUCAGAGAGAAAAGAUGACUCUUGAAAUUAAACGUAAACUCAUUGAAAUGCGAGAACGAGGUGUGAGCGGGGCUAUUCUAACACGAAUACAAUUGGUCACAUCUAGCGCAAUAUCAGAAAUGCUGAAAGCAUGGGAAACUGUUGCAUCGUACAUCAUAAGUUUUUGCUAACAAAAAGAAUUGUAUAAUAUUCAAGGUAACAAAAAAUGCUAAAAUAUUUGUUGAGUAUUUAUUUUAAAAAUGUUUGUAAGUUAUAGUAAAAAUACUUAAUCAUAGACUAAAAUAUAAGAAGAUGUAUUUUAUGUUUAUCAUAUUUAAAUGGAUUCGAUUUUCGUAAUAUAAAAAAAGUAAUCAUUAUUAUUUUAAAGAAACCAGUCUCAUUUAAAUGUAUUCGUAUUUUCAGUUCAUAUGCAUAUUUUUUAUUUUUUCAAUCUUAUUUAAACUAGAGAAUAUCAUCUGACGUUCUCAAGAUAAUAAAGGCUGGAAAUUGGCGGUAAUUUCUACCUGCAAUUGCAAAAACACAUCACAAGUCCGUAUUUUAAAAAGAAGUAUCUAGGUAAACAUGUUUCAGUUUUUAACAUCAUUAAAACUUUUUAAAAGUAUUUUUGCCUAUACAUUAUACGCCUAACCUAGCCUUUUUCGAAAUCGUAAACUACAUUUUUUCUUCUCAGUAGGACCUUAAAUUACCCAAUCUAAAUGAUAACUAAAUAAAUCAAUAUCUUAACUGAACAAGCUUUUGACAGUUAAUUUAUCGCUAGAUAAUUAAUAUGGAUGUAAUGUGAUUUUUAAAUUGAUAAGGUUGGGGAUUCCCAACCACUUUCUUCCGCCUAAACUAUUUACAAUUCUCUUUUAAUUGCGAAAACUUAUUGUUAAACUUACAUCAAAAACUCGAUAUACAAUUUUAAAAAUAUAUGAAAUUAGCGGAAUUUGAUACACUAUAUCUUCAUUUAAAAUUUAACCAAUCUUUUGCAUUAAUUUUUAACUAUAUUAUCGGAAGAUCGAAAAACAAAUGAUUUUUUAAUCCAAAAAAUAAUCUCUUUAACUUGUUUAAUUAUGUAACAGUAUUGAGUGUCUAAUUUACAUAAAUUGUAUUAAUCUAAAGCAAUAUAUAUCUAAUUUACUUUUCGCCAAGAAAAACGAAUAUAUGUUCAUAUUUUGAAAGAAAACCUGAUACCAUCUGAAUUUUCAAAAUACAUGUUUCCAUGUGUAAUUUGGUUUAUUUAUUUAUGGGUAUACUUAUGUAAAAGGUACCCAUGUUUUUUUAAUGCCUACGAUUUUUUAUCAGAUAAACACAGGUUUAUUUGUAAAAGGAGAAUAUAAAAUCUCAAUUUUACAUGUUUAAUAUCAUAGGAUUUAAAGAUAUUGUCAUCCACCUCGAAAAAGUACAAACCCCACUUCCUACCCCGAUAAGUGUAUACCUAAAAGUGUCAAUUAUUUAUCAAUUCAUGUAUUUAUUUUGAGGUGUGUCUUGUGCAAGUCGGAGCAAAAUGAAACAUCGAAUCCCCCUUCCAAGGUUUUUUUUUUAAUAAUGUUUAUAAAGUGAUUCACAGGAUUGUAGCCCCUUAUAUGCGCAAACACACAAUUUUUGCACGUACCUAAACUUACUUAAACUUCAUAAGACCCAUAUUCAUUUUACCACACAUAAUAUAAUAUUUUCUUUACAAAGUAUAUAAUUCUAUGCAUAAUUACGUAUUUUGAUGUGUUAUUUUAACAUUAAACACUGCCAAAAUUUAUUUCAGUCCCAUAAUUUUGUCUAUAAAUAUAGAUAUUUUAUGAAAAUUUUUUUAUUUAAAAUUGGUUUGUUCUUAUUUAGAUGAGUGAUAAAUGCAUCGGUUUAUGCUAUUUGGCUUUAAAGUUUCUCAACUAUUAGAAUAUUUUAGCCUAAGAUCAAUCGCUGACUGAUUAACUCUAACGGAAUUUUCUCUUUAAAAUUAUACUUAAAUGUUUAGUUUUAUUUACGAAUUAUUAUUUUUGAAUUCUUAGAUUUUUGUAAAAAAAAAAAGCUCAUUCUUAUAUGCUAGAAUGCAUAACCCGGUUUUAUCGGGAUAAUAAUGGUAGGUCCUCUGCGAUAAUUUCUAACUGCUAUUGAAAAAACUCAUACCAAUUCAUAACUUUUAAAAUAUAAUGAUAUUUAUUUUUUGACAUUAUGAAGUUUUGAGAAGUUUUUAUCUGCUAUACAUGAUAUGCGUACCCUACACCCUUUCACGCUCCUAAACUACUUUUCCCCUCUAAACAUAAACUUAAAUUACACAAUCUAAAUUAUCACUAAUUAUAUCACUUUUGUCAUUAAAGAAGUUAAUUGGAGGACAAUUACCACGCUAGAGAAAUACUUUAGAUUUACCCUUUUUCGUGCACUUGAAUUACAACAUUUGUGAAAAACCUAUUCUUAAAAUUAAAAAAAAAAUCUAUUUAUAUAUGAAAUUAAUAUAUUUUGAAUUACAGGAAUGCGAUAUAUAUUGAUAUCUUCAUAAAAAAUUCAAAAAAUUAAUUGCAUUUUUCAAACCUAUACAGUUUCAGAAAAUCGUAAAACAAAGAACUUUUUUAUCUAAGAGGAAUCCCGCAACUUUUUUUAACGCCAAAAUCAGAUUUGAAUGUCUUUUUAAAAAAAUAAAAGUGUUAAUCUCAUAAAAAUGCAUACCUCUUUAAUUUUUUCAAAGUAACAAAAAAUAUAGAUUUUUAUUUUACAAAAUUAAAUAAAAUAUUAACCCAUCUUCAUUUGUCAAAAUUUAAUUUUUAAGUGUGUAAAAUGAUUGGGUUUCUAUAUUCAUGGACACCUAUAAAUGUACCCAAGAUUUGUUAAAGCAAUUGAUUGGUAAACAUUUGUUUAUUUGUAAAAAGAGAAUUUAACAUCUCUUUUUUCACAAAUGUGAUAUCAUAGGAUUCAAAUAUAGUGUAAAAAUGUACACAUCCUUUUUCCUAACUCCGAUAUGUAUGUACCCAAGACGGUUAAUUAUGAAUCAAAUCAUUUCCUUUAUUUUGGGACGAAUCUUGUAUUGCCUUGGGCAAAAGGAACAUACCGGGUACCAAUAUCUGUAAAAAGACAAUGUAAUAUCCCUUUUUCCACAGAUGUAAUACCAUAGAAGAUAAAACUGUUGUCAUCAACGUAAGAAUUAAGACAUCUUAUUUCCUUCCUCCGAAAUGUAUUUACCGAAGAAAAUUAAUUAUGUAUCAAAUUCAUUUCUUUAUUUUGAGACUUAUCUUGCGCUGCCUUGAACAAAAUGAUUAUACACAUAUUUGAAAAAGAGAAUGCAACAUCUCUUUUUUCACAAAUGUAAUACUAUAGGAUUUAAAUAUAUUGUAAUGCACGUAAAAACGUACACAUCAUAUUUCCUACUUCCGAUAUGAAUGUUGUAAUGUAGUACGCUUUUCCCCGUACUUGAACUUUGUUUUACUCAUCAUUAGAUACUUACCAGACCGUAGCGUUUGUUGAGGGUGUGGUAAAUUUUUUUGAUGUAUCGUGUUUAUUACCGACAACCAAUUAAACUUGGAUAGUAUGUCUCCUAGUAUCUUGUCGAACAUUGGCGAUGUUUUUCUAGAAAAAUAAAAAAAUGCUGAGUAGUUUCUGGAAGGCAAGGCUUACGCUGCAUGUAUAAAGAGAUUGGCAGACACGGAGAGAGAGAUAGAGAAAGAGAGAGAGAGAGAGAGAGAGAGAGAGAGAGAGAGAGAGAGAGAGAGAUUCAGAUAGAUAUGCUUAACUUUACGAGACGUGUAUUAUUCUUUGUGUUCAAUAUGUAUUUAUUUCGCAUUCAUCACUUAUCAUUAUUAAUUGGCACAUUGCACUAUUUGUGUAACGGUACAAGAUCUACCAUACUCUGUAAGUUCAUAAUUUGUAAUUAUAUUUCUUUUGUUUUCUAAUUAUAUUAAUAAUUAUAUAAAUUUUAUUAAAUUCUAAUUAGUAGUGUUUUGGAUGUCGUAAUUUUACUAAAGAUUUCUCUAUAGUUUCGUCCUUUGUUGUGCACUUUUUGAACGAGCCAUAACUUAAAACAAUGUACUCAAGAAGGUUAAUUUUUUUAUCAAAAUAAUUCCCUUAUUUUGUGACGUAUCAUGUGCUGCCUGGGGCUAAAUGAGCAACCCCUCCCACAUCCAGAUUUAAAAAAUAAAAUAGAAAAUCUUCCACUGGAUUUUAGUCCCUUCAAUACCCAAACUAAUAAAGUUUGCACUUUAUAUGGUUCGUUCUUAUUUGUAUGAGAUAGAAGUGGAUUAGUGAAUGCUAUGUGGCUAUGGAGUUGCGCAGCACUGAUAGAUUUAAACCACAUUUUCUUAUUAGAAGUAUAUUUAAAGGUUAGUUUUUAAUGUGUUAUAAAUUUAAUAUAAGUUUAAUUUUGGAAUAAAAAAAGGCAAACCUUUUUAAUGUAAAAAUAUACAAAGCAAAAAUUUGUAUGUAUUUUAUUAACAACUAGCGAGUACCCGGCAUGCGUUGCAAUGCCACACAAAGAAAGAAAGUGUUUGCAUGUUAAUUAUGUUUCUUCAAAAGCUUUUAAAUACUCAAGCUUUUCUUGUUUUUCCUUCUGGUAUAUACACGAAUAAAUCAAAAGAUUUUCCGACGCGAGAGCAGGCCACGUACAUCUGUCCAUGGGCGAAGCAUGGGUUUUCCAAAAUUUGGUCUGCAAUUUAAUUUAAAUUUAAUUUAGUCUGCAAACUGGUAGCAAUUGUCCCUGUGCUUUGUAGAUAGUCAUUGUAGACGCGUGUCGCAUCGGAAACUGUAGGCGUUUGAAUUCAAAUGGCAUAUCUGUUGGAAUCAUUGGGGUGAAUGGCAAAAGUACAUCACCUAGUUUAAAUUUUCCUUUUAAAAUAGUAACUUCAAUGGAACCAAUUUCGGAAGAUUCAUUUGAACAAAUAUACCGUACCUAAUGCUUCGAUAUCAAAGUGCGUUUCUCGUUGCAAAUCAAGAGCGAAAAGUUUGUUUGCAUAUCGAUUCCGAGAGGUCAUUCCUAACUCACGAAUCAUCAAUCGAUAUGAAUAGUAUUUCAUGGCACUGACUUUCUUAUUCGAAUUUCUCAAUUUGAUGUCAAAAUGAUAUCCAUCUUCUCCUGCCAAAAUAAAAUAGGAUAUUGCAAUCAAUCGUAUGAGCGAUGAGUUUCUGAGACUCGCUGAACAUCCCCACUUCUGCGAUGAAGAAUUUUAUCACGUGAGUUAAAUUCUUCGCCAACUAUAACGAUCGCCACUUCAUCAGAUGUUGGUGCAUUGUAUUGUCUUUCAUCUUGGCCGAAAGGUGUUUUGUCUGCUCUAACUAUGACUUUGUAUUCACCAUCUUUUCAAGUGCAAUUCUAUACAUUUAAAUUAAUUCGUUGUGUUGCAAAAAUAACGUUUGCAUUGCAGCGACGAUUUCUCGUUUAGUGCCCGUAUUGAUAUGACAACGUUGAUCGAUUUGUUCAUCAGUAUUCCCCAUGAAAUCAUUUGAAGACAUUUGUGAUCUGUGUUUGGCAUUGGCAUUAGAGAUUUUACACGAUGGUAAAUGUGGCUUUGCACUUUACUUUAAAUGUUGGCACACGAUAUUUGUUGCACCGAACGAUGGCAUUUAAAAACAUGAAUUGUACUUGCGUAUGUUUGCCAAGAAAUGUUUCGAUUGGCUUGUUUCACCUGAUACCAACGUUGAUAAUGGUUCAGGUAGUGAAUGUAAUUCUGGCAAUUUCAUUUUCCCAUCCGAGCAGCAAAUUCCCGAUGUUUCGUUUUUUUUUAAAUUUUAGGGCACUGCAUUACACGCAUAAUUGAUCUAUUUUUCCAAUAACCACACUUGGAUUAAAACUGUAAUCAUAAUUGGCAUCGUAAUUGAAUGUACUAAGAUUUAAUUCAGCGUACAGUGUUCAUCUGGAUCGAGCAGUGCCUACUUUAUCGGAAUCCAGUCUUGUUUCUCGCUGCUCGAAUGAUUCAGAAAAAACGGGUUUCAGCAUUGCUUACUCGGCCGGUUUUGAUUCUUGGUUUCUGUUGCUCGACUGUUUAAGGUGAACGGUAUUGAACAUUGCGUACUCGAGUGAUUCUAGUCUUGCUUUCCGUUGCUCAAAUGUUUCGAAAAAUCGCGACUACUUUUCCUUUCGUGCUUGAGGUUUAGAUUGACCCAAAACUUUUUGUUUGUGUGGCAUAAUUGAUUUGACAGCGAAAUUAUUGCUUUGUGACAUCUGUUAUUAGCAAUGGUAUUUCACAAUUAACACAACUUGUUAAGUCACAAACAAAAUGAAAUAUUGCUGUUUGUAUUUCAUUCAAUUAAUUUUCAAUAUUCCUAACGUUCAUAAUUUUCACUCGUUAGAAUCUCCCAUCUUUUUACGUGAAAACCUCCCACAAUAGGUACGUUCAUUGUUGUCAGGAGAUUUCCAGUUGUAUAGUUUCUCAUUAAUUUAUAAAUCGUAAAUUCCACCGGUAAAAAAAUGACCAUAGUUCAAUACCUACGUUGUUCAGUGUGUUAUUUAAUUACUUGAGAAACCAUCGAUUCAUGUAAAAUGUAUUUCCAUAACACAAAACAACUCCGAAAUUAUAAGACUCUAUUCAAGAAAUACUCUUAGUUGAAAAAAAACACGAUUUAGAUUUCAUUUCCGAUUCUAAAAUGCGUCACAAAAUUCAAGCUUAUUUAUACAAAUAACAAAAUACUCUCUACACUAAAAAUGUAAAAACGUGUUUUCUCUGCUUUACUACAAAUGUGUAAUUUGUUCAAGGUCGGUAGUGUUGAUAUCUCAGUUAUAAAAUAUAUUGAUGAAGCUCAUUUAAGAAAAUAAAUUGAAUUUAGGGUCCCCAGCCCUAAUUGGAAUAUUGUACAAUGGAUGUACUAAAUUUGAAAAAUUUGCCGGUGGAUUCAGCUACUUCCACACAUGCAAUAGCUCUGUUUUAAAUUAUAGUUACAAAGCUCUUAGAAGAAAAUAUGAAAUUAUGGUCACUGGCCCAAACGGAAUAUUGUUAAAUAUUUUUUUCUAAUUUAGAAACAUUUUCGGUAGUGCGCAUUUCACUUGACCCAGUUUUAUCACAAUCGAAUGAAUGGUAUAGAAAUGCAUACGAUAAUUAUAUAGAUAAUAGAAGUGUUGAAAACGAAUUUAGGGCCCCCCGCCACAAAUGGAAUAUUGUAGAAUUCUUGUAUUACUUCAGAAACCUACUUAAUAUGUCACACACUCAAUUUAAUAUCACUAUUUGUAUUUGAUUAAAAGGCUAUCCAUCCAUGCAUUAGCUCUGUUUGAAAUUAUAGUUUUAUAGCUUAUAUAGAAAACACCAACAUAGGAUCCCUGGCUAAAAACGGAGAGUUUUAAAAUGGUUGUAAUCAUUUAAGAAACCUUUGCGGGCGGGCGCGCGCACAACAUCUCUCUAAAAUUUUAUCAAAUUCUAAUAAUAUAGAGGAGCGCAUACGGAAAUUAUUUUUUAUAAAGCUCCUAAUGUAAGGAAAAAAACACGAAUUUGGGGCCAAUUGCCACAAAACCGGAAUAUUUUAGAAGGGUUAUAAUGGCUUAGAAAAAUGCUCUGGCUUAUGUACAACAACUCACCUCAGUUUUAUCGCAAGCUUUUGAAUGAUGUAGGAGCGGAUACGGUUUGAAAUUAUAUUUAUAUAGCUCAUUUUGUAGGAAACAAACAUAGGGCCCCUGGCUCAACACUGAAUAUUUUAAAACGGUUGUAGCAAUUUAAGACCCUUUGUGGGCGAUAGAACAACAUCUCACUAAAUUUUUAUCCCAUUCUGAAAAAUUGUAUAGGAGCGUAUAGAAAAUUAUUUUUUACAAAGCUCAUAUAAAAAAAAAAUGAAUCUGGGUCAACGGCCGAAAACGGAAUAUUUUAAAAGUGUUGUAAUGAAUGAGUAAAAUGGGUAUGUUUAUAGAUAACAACUCGUCAAAGUUUUGUCGCAAUCGCAUGAAUGGUGCAGGAGCGCAUACGGUUUAAAAUUAUAUUUAUAUAGAUCGUAUUAGAAAAAAACGUAAAAAGGGCCGCUGGCUAAAAUUGGAAUAUUUUGAAAAGUUUAUAAUAAUUUAGAAACCUUUGCGGCCGUGCUUCCAAAAUGCAAUCGGAUAAAUGGCUUAGGGGCGAAUACGGAAAUUAUUUUUUACAGAACUCAUGUAAGAAAAAAUACGAAUUAAGGGCCAACGGCCGAAAACGGAAGAUUUUUAAAAGUGUUAAAAUAACACAGUACAGUGCACUAGCGCAUGGACAAUGCCUCACUAAGUUUUGUAGCAAUCACAUGAUUGGUGUAGGAGCGCAUACGGUUUGAAAAUAUAUGUAUAUAGUUCAUUUAAGGAAAAACGAAUAUAAGGCCCCAGGCUCAAAACUGAAUACUUUAAAACGGUUUUAAUAACUUACAAGCCUUUAUGGACAUGCUCGCAACAUCUCACCAAAGUUUUAUCGGAAUCGGAUAAAUGGCCUAGGAGCGCAUGUGGAAAAUAUUCUUUUUUACAAAGCUCACAGAAGAAAAAAAAAACGAAUUAAGGGCUAGGAACGGAAAAAUUGAUAAGGUUUUUAAUGACUCAUUUGAAUGGCCAUUUAUUUGGACAACAAUUGACUAAAGUUUUGUCGCAAUCGCAUGAAUGGUGUGGUAGCACAUACGAGACAUACAGACAUACACACAUUCAUUUAUAUAUAUUUAUAUAUAUAUAUAUAAGUAGUAUCUGUGGGCAGCAAUAUUGCGCCAUAAAUGGCCAUUCAACUGAGUCAUUAAAAACCUUAUCAAUUUUUCCGUUCCUAGCCGAUGGCCCUUAAUUCGUUUUUUUUUUCUUCUGUGAGCUUUGUAAAAAAGAAUAUUUUCCACAUGCGCUUCUAUUGCUGCCCACAUAUACUACUUACCAGCUAAGUGCUAUUUCUUAUUUUUAUACAGUUUUUUCUGUUGUUUUGUUCGCUGACGAAGGCUUUCUGCCGACACGUUCGCCGUUUUCUUGCGUUUAUUUUUUCAGGUUUAACCAUACUCUGUUUUACUCAUUUUAUUUUAUAAAAUAUUUACAAUUAAAAUAGUUCCCUAGUUGAUACUUUAAAAAGAAUUUUAAUUAAUAAUCUUAUGAUUGUUUUUAGGAAUCGGAUCGUACUUAAAUCGUAUAGGCUCUUUGGCGUUACUUCACUGCAGCUCAUUCUUAUAAAUUUUUAUUGUACUAUUUUAGCGAUAUAAGUUAUUUGCGAUUUGUAUUUAAGAUCUAGUUUAGUGUAUAUUUCAAAAGAAAUAAUUUCACACUACAAUAUUUUUAAUACGUUUUUAAAUAUAAAUUUAACAACAGAUUUAAGGCUGAUGGAAGAUGAACCUUAAAGCACCGACACUCAUAUUAAUUGUAUUAAAUGCAACAUAUGGAAAAGGUGGUAUGUAAUUUUUGCUAUUUUAUUGGCUAAUUUGACUGACAUGUUAAGAUUAAAACAUUUUUUUGAAAAAGUGUAUUAUUUCUCCUACAACGAAUCAAAAACAUGAACCAUUAGUAACGUCAUUUUUAAAACUGUAAUUAAAGAAAGAUUAGUUUUCUUUUUUAAAAAAAAUCAUUUUUAACAUUUGAAGUUGAAGACAUUUGAAAGACAUUGCAAAAAUUGUGCUAAUUUCUCUUGCUAGACCCUUUAAUUUAAUGAAAAGAAAUUUAUUGAUCGUUAUUUGUCCAAUGAUUUUUUUGUUUAAUGUUAAUAAGAGUGGCAAAUAACAUUUAGUUUCCCUGACUUAGAGUAAAAAUCAUUAAAUGAUAAAAAGGAAAUACCAGAGUCUUUUGAAAAUGACAACAUUCAAUCAAGAACCUAACACCCAGUUUAAUUACGCAAUGAUUAAACGAACGCCUUGCAACAGUUGUAUGGAAAACAAAAAUUCAGACAAAACUUUCAAGACUGAAACUUACAUGUGUGAUCCAAAAUAAUAAUAAUUUUUUGUUUGUUAAAUAAAGAUAUAUUAAGUUAUUUUAUUGCUCAUCAACUGGGUCCAUUAUUUUACUCAAAAGUAAAAAGGAAGUAUAAAUUAAUAAUGUUUUGUUGAAUACAUUAAUCUAUUUUUAUUUCUAUUUAAAACAUAUUUAAUACAUACAUUACACAAUCACAUAUAAUAUUUUAUCAUUGAAAUGAAAUAAAAUAUAUUCAUAACGUAAAAAAAACUUUUAUUUUCUUUCGAAAUAGACAUGAUAAGAACUUAGGGGCUCAGAGUGAUCAUACCACAAUCAUAAUUAUCUAGAAAAAAUAUACUUUAUAUUUUAUUAAAAAUAGUUUUUUACUUAGUUUUUAAUGAAAUACAUUUUUUUGACAAUUUUAGGGGAAUCAAACGCUACAUGUUUUCCAAUAGAAGAAGGGAGAGAAUGCAAUUUACUGUUUGAAUGGAACGUAAAUUCUUCAAAUACAGGAUUUUAUGUUGAAAAUCAAGAGUUGUAUGUUUCAUGCUGUAAUCAAAUUUCCCUACACUGUGAAAACAAGUUCCCUACAAGAUAUAUUAGCACUUUAUUAAGAAAUUCUUCAAGGCUUAUUCUAAAUAUAAACAUCACAGAAACGAAUUGCAAUCAUUUACACUCAAGUGGAAAAUGGACUUUGAGAUAUAAUAAUACGGAAAAAGAAUUUCUUUCAUGCAUCGUAAACAUAUUUUGUAAGUAUAUGAUUUUCUAAAACACCAUAGUUUAAUACACCUUAAAAAAUACCGGAAAAGUAAAUGCAAUAAAUUUUGUAUUCAUGAUUAACUGUAUUUUGCGUCGAUCCUUCUUUUGCAUUUUUGCAAGUUGAAGUUGCUGAAUUCAUUUGGGGAAAAUUUAUAAAACAAUAGCAUGUUAUUUUGGAUAAAAAGGACGCAUUAAACAUAUGUUUAGUUUACUAAAAUCUUAAUAUGUGUGAAAAACAUUCUUUUUCAUAGUUUUAAACAAAAAAUACGGACUAUUAUUAUGUUAACAAAUUAUAUAUAUAUAUAUAUAUACAUAUAUAUAUAUUUAUAUAUAUAUAUAUGAUUACCUUCAUUUCAAAGGAUAAACAUUUUCCUAAUUUUAGUUAAACGAAAAGACUAAACUGAUUUAAAACAAAAACGUAUGCAAUCUUAACAAUUGCUCAUUAAUAUUAUACGCACAUCUAAUAAUCAGUGUUUCUUUUUAAAUUCAUUUUCUACGGGAAACGGGGGGGGGGGGGGGGGGGGUGGGGGGGGGGGGGGGGCAUUUCGGAUGUUUUUGGAGGCGGUUUUUUUGGCGUGGGGAGGGGGGGGGGGGGGGGGAGAGCGACUACUGAAAACCUUUUUUUUCCAUUUAAAAAAGGGGGGGGGGGGGGGGGGGGUUCGGUUGUGAGGGGGUGGGGGACAUUUCAGAUGUUUAUGUAGGCAGUUCUUAUGGCGUAGGAAAGGUGGGAGGAGAGGGUAACUCGACUACUGAAAACCUUUUUUUUCCAUUUAAAAAGGAUAGGUAGCUUCCGACAACUUCAGACUUUUAAAUGAGUAAAAAUUAUUAGCCCACUGAAGAGGACAUUAACCCUACCACAUAACUCCCCAUAAAUUUUUGAUACAUUCAAAAGCAAAUCGUGCAGUUUGGCGUAUUCCUUAUAAUCAUACUUUCUUUCAUAAUUUUAGAUCCAGGUAAGUGAUUAUUCAGGAGUGUGUAUGUGUGGGGUGGGGGUGAGUGCAUAUAUUUACAUGCGCUAUUUAUAUAGCACGUUACGUUAACACUCAAAAUUAAAAUACAUGAAUUUGUAUUACUUCUCAACUCUCUAUUGGAAUAGAAAAUAAAUGAAUCUAAUAUAGUACUCUACCCUGUCUCAGUUUUAAAAAUGAAAACUCAACUGGAAAUAACUUCAACUAGCAACAUAAAGAUGGCUAUGGUACAUCACCUACUUGUCUAAAUGUAACUCAACAGGUACUAACACAACUGUUAAUCCCUUGCCGUGUAACUCCAACUAACAAACCCUAUAUUCACAUACUUUAAUCUAUUUUUCUAUCAUCCAUUCACAAUUAACCGAAAUAAUAAAACUCUUAACACAGCGUUAGCGUUUACCAUAACAAAGGUUAUUUUAUUACAUGUGUCAAGAAUCUAUAAAUACGGUAAGCAAGGGAAAUUCGGACACUUACAAAAACGGCAGCAAACCUAUUCAACCUAAAGUAAAGGAAAGUCAUCCGCAAAAUAUUCAACAAACAAUCCAUAUGGAUGAAGCAUACAAAUUUUUUCAGGAAUUGUAUGGAUUACAUCAGUAUUCCAGGCUAGGAGAAGAAUUAAUUUAUGUAUAUUUUUUUUAACAAACAACAUGAAAUACAUUGUUUUAAAUGAGUUAUAUAACUCUUAAAAAAGUAGAAAAUAAAUCUUUAUUUCUUAAAAUCCAUAAGGCAAAAAUAUUUAAUCUGUAAAAUAAUUUGAAACGUGUAACUUUUAUUUUUAUUUGUUUAAUUAUUUUAAAUAAAUUACCGUAAUUAAAAAUGAAAAAAACAAAACAAUUAAAUUUGAAUAAAACAUAGUUAAAAACCAAGAAGUAUCAGGGAACGCCAUAAGUCUUGAGACAUCUCUGGGUGUUUUGUCACAUAUUUAAGGUAAAAUCAUAAGUUUAUAUAAAAAAACAGUAAACUUUUCACGAAAAUACAUUUAAAAUGAAAAGUUUAAUGAUUAUUGACAAGUUUUGAUGAAUAAUAAAAUCGAUUGAACCAAUAUUGUACAGGCAAAAAAGUUUAAUCUUUUAAGAUAAAGAAAUUUUUUUGUAAAAUUUCAUCUCUCCAUAACAAAUUAAAGGGAGGUGAACAUAAACUAGUACGUUUUUCUUUACAUAUAGGGAAAUAUUUAUAUUCCAUUUAGCGCAAAAUACAAUUUAGGCCUAUGGAUAAUGUUUAUUUGAUUUUUAAGAAUAUUUCAUUAAAAAAACAUAAGACAGGUCAGACGUGGAGAUUGGCAAAUAGAUUAUUCUUUAAAUAUGAGAAAGCUUCUUUGAACAAUAUUUCGAAAAUAUAAUUUUUCAGCGAUGAAAGAGUUGCGCUUUUUUUUUACAAAUUAUUAUACAAAUAUAUUAAAUCUGUUAAUGAUAGAAACAUUUAAAAUUGUGCAUCGCGUUGUACCAUAUAGCUAUGGCUGUUUUUUUUUCUUUACAUUUACAGCAUCUUUUUUUCUUUAGUCCAUGACAAUAAAAUGUGUUUGAGUAGUGCUAUAUUGUGUAGAAGAAAAAACAUUCUCGAAAUUCAGUAAUUUGUGAAAAUAAACACACAAUACAUUAUACCCGAUUUAGACACAAAAGUACAAACUUAAGUUGUAGACUUUGAGACGUCGCACAGUCUUUUAAAAGUAGGACAAUACGACUUUUGUUAUUGCUUUCACAAACUCGAGGUCACAUCUUAAAGUUAUUAAUUAAUCAUGCAAUAGGAUUUAAUAAAGGUAAACUAUUCAUUGGCUUCAUACAAAAAAAGCUUACAAUAGCAUAGAAAUAAUAAUAUUUUUUAAAAAGUCAACUUCGUCAUAGUUGGUACAUUCAAAUAUCUUAUAUUAGAUGGUAGUUUAAGAACACUGUGUGGUAGAAAUAAUACUUCAAUUUAAGGGUUCACAUUUUACGUGAAAGCAUCUUUCAUCAAUAUUUUACAACAGAAUAUACAAUUCGGAUAAUUUCUAAGCGACCAAUACAAAAUACCUAAUCCGCAAGGGUUUUGCUUCUACGUGGCGUGGUGGACUAGUAAGGUCGACUCGACCGCCCUAAAUUAAAAAUCUAAUGUCAAAAGUCUGUCUGAGAGAAAAUUUCUAGCCAACAUCCAGUACUCUUGGUUAGUACGACUAUCAAUAAUCUAAACGCUCGUCUUUAGACCCCCCCCCCCUGUAGAUCGUUGAAGGGUCUCAGGCCGACUUUAUAAGCUCAAGAAGUGGAUCUUACUCUACUUCUGAAGAUGUCACUGUAAAAAAAAUUAGUGGUGGACUAGUAAGUUCGACUCGACCGCCCUAAAUUAAAAAUCUAAUGUCAAAAGUCUGUCUGAGAGAAAAUUUCUAGCCCACAUCCCGUACUCUUGGUUAGUACGACUAUUAAUAAUCUAAACGCUCGUCUUUAGACCCCCCCCCCCCUGUAGAUCGUUGAAGGGUCUCAGGCCGACUUUAUAAGCUCAAGAAGUGGAUCUUACUCUACUUCUGAAGAUGUCACUGUAAAAAAAAUUCCAUUGCACAUAACGGGUUUUCAGUAUACCUCUUCACUUGCACAAAUUGCCAAGGGCUUGUAACACUUUGCCACACCCUCUCAAGCAAAGCUUGUAAGGAGCAGAAAGAUUUGUGUGAUGGGUACUCUGUCCUUGAUUGUGGCAUCAUGGGUAAAUACUUUAUUAUUAGCAAUUUAUAUACAUAACGCCAUAGAAACACUUUGUGCCGGCCUUUGCAUGGCACAACUUCCUUUUCUUAAAGAAGUAUUGAUGGGAAUUUCAACGCCCAUAUGGGGGAGAAUAGGCAUCCGACACAAACGCCUCAGUGCACUAUUUAGAGAAGGGCGAUCUCACCUUCAACCUCAUAAGGUAUCGGAAGGGAGCAAUGUUCCAAUACUGCUCCAUACGGGCAAUAGUGCCAUGUCUCGUCCAGAUAUAACACUGGUCUCAGCGUAGCUUGAGACAAAAUUGCGAAACGGCGCCCUUCCUGAUAUUGUUAACGACCACUGAUCAGCUCUCUUAACACUAGAACUUGUGAAGGUGAACCUUGGUUUGAUAGGUUGCACUGCACAAAGCUAAAUGUAGUCUAUUCUGCAAAGGAAUAGAGGACACGAUCGUUGAAUUAUCAAGGAUUCAAGUUACCGAUGAGAGCAUUAACUGUCGAGGAGUGGGAGGGGUAAAUAUCACACACGCAUUGUACUUACGUCCUGCUAGAAAUUACUGUACUACUGUAAAUAUAUUCAUGUAUAAAAUUGUGAGCAAAAACACGAAAACGUUAUGAUAAUAAUUUACAACAAAAAAAAAACAGUGUUUGAUAUUUUUACAGCAUUUGCGAUAAAAUAUACUAUUUUUUAAAAUCAAAAUUUCAGGAUGAUUAUUUUUGUAUUUGUGCAUAAAUGUACGUAUUUUUUGCCCGCUCGAUUUUUAAUAAUUAUAUUUGGUUCCAACACUCCUCUACCUUUCAGAUUAACUAUGUAUAACUUGUGAUACUUAUACGAUUAUUACAUAUUUACGGGGAUAAGGCUUAAUAGACAUUCAUUCUCUUUUUUUAAAUUUCUUUUCCUAAAUUUUAAAUCUUAAGUUAUUGGUUAUGUUUUUUAAAUGAUGUUAUGUUUUGUAAAUUUUUUAUUUCAAUAAAUAGUAUUUUAUGCUGAUCCGACUUCGAGUUUAAUCCACGUUAAACUUCAAUAGUAUCUCUUUUUUUUUUACUAGAGACAGACUGUGAUCUGCUCGUCCACCCAAUAUAUAUAUAUAUAUAUAUAUAUAUAUAUAAAUUAAUAUCUAUAGCAAAUGCUUGUCUGCCAAACAAAGUGACCACAGACUGCAAAAUAAUCGUCGGUCACAUACCUUCAGAAGUUAUGUUUUUGACGCCAGCUUAACUCGAUCCCAAUAAUCUCGCGAUGAUGCGUGUAGAACUUGUAUACAUUAUAUCAGGGACAUCAUGUUUUAGGACCGGGGGGCGCAAAUGUCCCACCCUCGGAAUUUGCAUUUUUUUUUAAAUUGAUAUGUACUUUUGCGUAAUAAAAAGCUGCUCAAAAAGCCAGCAAAAUGUUGUUUUUGCCCUACACACUAAAAAUAAACCAAAAUUUACGUUCCUGCAUUUUUAAUAUUGUAUGUUUAUUUAUUUGCUGUUAAGAAACUGUGUUGUACAUUUUUAGGAGGUUGAGGUAAACAAGCCUGCAGAGCACUCGCUGUGAAAUAAAAAGAGAAUGGAUUUUUCCAUGACAAUUAGUGUGCACAUUAACACAAUCUAUUUUUUUUAAAAAUGUAUAAAUCAAAACAUUUUAAAAAAUAAAGAAUGGUCAUGUUGAUGUCCAGGAAUUUCUUUUAUCUGCCUGAAGAAAAAUAUCAAUAAAAUCACAUUAUAAUUUUAUGAGGUUAUGAAAUUGAUGGUUGUUUUCAUUAUAAACAUGUAUCUUUUAUUUAUAUUUUGAUAUAUAUAUAUAUAUAUAUAUAUAUAAACAGCAAGAGCUACUGAAGUAAACUGCACAACUUUGGAGACUAAAGAAAUGCUGAAUAUCACCUGUUUUACCUAUCGUUUAUUUCCUCAAGGCAAAUGCGGAUUUCAUACCAAUGUUCCAGAGGUAAUAUUAUUACUUAAAUAGCUAACCUUAGAAAUUUCUAUUUCUUUAUAUAGCUAAAGGUGUGUGACAUGAGCAUUACAUUAUGUAACAGAGAGGUUUUAUUACAUUUGUUGUUGUAUUAAUUAUAUUUGUAAAUAUUUUUUGUUUAAUAUUUUUUUAACGCUCUAUAGAUAAAUGAAAUGCUCCCAACACUUCAAGUGAACUAUUCAUACACUAAAGAGACUUUUCCUGAAGAGAAAACAUACUUUACAACAACAUGCUUUAUUUUAAUACCUUUAAACAAAUUUGGCAAUGGACUUCAUAAAAUAUCUGUGUCGAUGUAUCCAAACGUAACUGGAUUUGACCAAGACAUCAUUUUUGGUAGAAACACAACGCUUGAGGUAGAACUAGGUAAUAACUUUUUUGUACACAUUUCUAUGUUUUCAAAUGUUUGUACGUUUUCAUGUUAUUUUAAAGUGAAUUAACAAUUUAAAGUUUAAAGAAAAACUCCUUAUAUUAGUUUUUUUUUUAAUAACAUGUAACAUAUAGGGAUUCUACUGGGAUCCGAAAAGGGAUGCCAACUAGAAUAAAUCACUUUGGGAUCAUCAUGCUAUUGUGAUCUGGGUCCAAAUACCAUUUGGAUAUGAAUCCCAACUGCAUUUGAAUCUCGAUAAAAUUUUGGGAAAUGGCAUUACAACAGGGACAUAAUCUCUUGCUACCAGAUAAACCAGAAUAUGAGUCAAAUCAGCAAACAUACCACAAGAUACCAAGAACACGAUCGGGGAGGGAAAUAAAGACUAGAAUAAUAAACUAAAUUAUUAUAAUUUUUGGAAGAUUAAUUAAGUUAUCGCGAUUUAAAUAUACGUAUUGUUGUCAAUGUUGGGAUGUCUCACCUCUUUCUAGACAGAUGGGGAUGUUGUGAUCUCACUGUUGAUUCCUUAAGUUGUCCGUGCGAUAAGCCUGUACCUGUUGAAUUGAGAUGGGGGAUGCCACGUAGUUUUCCUUGUAGCUAGCAAUUAAACAUGUAGGCAAAAAGAUAAACAGUGGUGCUAAUUUUCCUAAAGUAUCCAUAGAAUUACUAAAUAUAAAAGGCACAUAGCUCGAAAUAAGUUUUUUUUCAAAUGCAAUCACACGAUACAUCGGUUAUAUUUGCUUGUCCUAUAAGUCCGUCACAAUGUGACAAUGGUAUGGAAAUCGGAGGAAGAAAUCCACAAAGCCUGGAAUAUUUACUCUAGGCUUGUUCUCAAAUGCAAAUCGCCUCUCUCCACACCGCUUGAUAUUCCAAGUAAAAAUAUGUGGAUGAUACAGCUUGGAACCAGUGGCGUCGCAGGAAAUGACAUUGUAGCAAUGUUAUUCGCUUACGAGACUCCGUCUUCAUGUUUGAAUUCAGAGUUUCCAUCACUUAGAUGAGUUUCCAUCUAAUGUUAACGAGUCUUAUCCACCCGGGAUGCUUUUGAUGUUUUCGUUAGACUGAAAUUUGGUGGGGAUUGAACUCCAGACCAUCAAUUUGAGAUUGGCUCAGCACCCAAAUAUAUAUAUAUAUAUAUAUAUAUAUAUAUAUAUAUAUAUAUAUAUAUAUUAUAAACAAUCCACCCGGGAUGCUUUUGAUGUUUUCGUUAGACAGAAAUUUGGUGGGGAUUGAACUCCAGACCAUCAAUAUGAGAUUGGCUCAGCACACAAAUAUAUAUAUAUAUAUAUAUAUAUAUAUAUAUAUAUAUAUAUAUAUAUAUUAUACAAACAAACGUGAAGAUUUGUUACCGUGUCUUUGUGAUUUUGUUUCGCAUAACUCUCUACAUGGAUUAAUGGAUCUUAAGCAAACUUGACACACAUUCCAUCAUUAUCAAAAAUUAAAUACUUGGCCGGGGUGUUUAACUUUUUAUCACAUUUUAUUUUGAUAUCGGGUACUCAUUUUUCUCAUUUUAGAUUUAUGAAAAAAUGCUAACAAAUAUUCCUACAUGAAUGACUAGGUCUUUCUCAAACUUAGCGUAUUCUUGAUUACUCAUAUUCAAAUACCGAAGGAAACAGAAUUCAUAAUAUACAUUUCUUUGGUAAACAAGGGAGGGGGGGGAUUUUAUUUUUCGUAGCAUAAGCUAUAUAGAUACCAAAGAAAACAAUGAGUUCUUUGUAAAUUGAUGGGUCUCGUCCUAGCUUCGUAGCAAUACAUUUGAUAGUUCUGACUGAAUAAUCGGAAAAAUUAAAACUAAUCUUAUCCAAUGCGUUUAAGGUCGGUCUAGAGGUUUCAUGAUAGGUCGAUAAUUAAUUUACUUUAAGUUUAACGCAAUUUAAUCCAAAUAAAAAAGGGUACGUCGGGAUCCCUCCAGGAAAUGGUACGCCAAUGUUAAAGAGGAAACAAUUGAUAAACGAGAUAUGAUUAGGAUUCAACGGACUUAAAAUCCCACCGGAAAGGAAAUACUAAAAGAGAAUCAAUCUGAAAGGAUCGGGAGGCCGCAAGGAUUCCAAGCGAAUCGUCAUCCACAAGGGUGGGGAUCUAACAGGCCAAAAGGAUGUCAUUGGAAAACGGUAUCAAAUCUGAAACGGAAUCCGUUUGGGAUCCCUCCGAGAAAUCGACCCGUCUGGAAAAGCGAUCCGAAUGAUGUCGUAAUCCCACCGGGACUGGAAUCCCACGAGUUUAAGAUAACACAGGGAAACGUGAUCCCACCUGAAAACCAAACGGGUAAGAAAAGUUUACAAAAGUUUUUAUAUAUAAGUUUUCAUUGGAAAGAAAUUAAUUAUUUCAUUUUUACUAUAGCUGUUUUGCAAUAUUUUACACUUUAAUUUAAAUGUUUAAUAAAAGGCUGAAGACCCUUUUUUAAAAUUUUAAUUCUUGGAAUCGCCGGUUAUAUCUGCUAGUAUAAAUUAUAUUAACAUGAAAAAGGGGCGUUUUCUUCCACGUAUUUUUCUAUAUAUAUUGUUAUAGAUUUUGGCACAUAUAUCAAUCAUCAUCAUGAAGGAACUCCUGUGGGGUUUGAGCUUUUUAUAACAUUUCUUUGGGGACCGGGGGUCAAAAAUUACUUUUGCCCCUUUAAGAUCUAUAUAAAUAAAAAGGAGCAACUAAUAUUCCUAAACGCAUAGAUAAAUCUUGACCAAAAUAAGUACUCAUGCACAUUAUUAUAUUUAUUCAAAAAGUCAUAAUAACUAUAGCUCUGGGGCCAGAAGCCCCAUCUAAUUUUGCCUAGUAAAAGCUUAUAAUAUACCAUUUGGCUUUGAAAGACAUUAAAAUUUGUCGAACAGUAGACACCCAUAUACACAAACAUAUAUAUAUAUAUAUAUAUAUAUAUAUAUAUAUAUAUAUAUAUAUAUAUAUAUAUAUAUAUGUGUGUGUGUAUAUAUGUGUGUGUAUAUAUAUGUAUAUAUAUAUGGCAAUGUGCCACUAUUUGCNAUAUAUAUAUAUAUAUCUAUAUGUGUGUGUGUAUGUAUGUGUGGCAUCUUUCCGUCUGCGGGAGACGAUAGAUUAUCUUUAUUGCUUGCCUCUUGGUGUGGCUGGUGAGACCAAUUCUCAAAUGACAGUCUCUGUUGCAUUUCCCACACACGAAUGCGUUGGAGCAGUAUUUACCGGCCUUGCUCGACGCUCUUUUUGCAGCUUUUUCCGCCCUGUUUUGAUCCUCGGCAUUUAGUGAUAUUGCCUUCAAGAUGCCCCACCAUGAGGAUCGAUCCUCUGCCAGCUCCUCCCAGUUUGAGAUGUCGAUGUUGGCCGACUUCAUGUCUGUUUUGCAUAUUUCUAAGUAUCUCAGACGAGGCCGUCCAACUGACCUUCUCCCUGUCGCCAGCUCGCUGUAUUAGCACUUCCUAUGGUAUUCGACCAAGUUGCAUUUGCUUGACGUGUCCAAGCCAGCGGAGGCGUCUUUGGAUUAACAUGGCUGGGAGGCUACACAUGUUUGUUUGGGACAGGACAUCCGCGUUGGGGACUUUGUCUUGCCAUUUAAUGUCAAUGAUGUGGCGCAGGCAUUUGAGGUGGAAGCUAUUGAGCCUUCUUUCGUGUUAAGAGUAUGUGGUCCACGACUCGCAUCCAUACAGAAGUGUGCUCAGUACGCAGGCCUGGUACACCUGAAGCUUAGUUCUUGUUGUGAGUUUGACUCUUUUCUUCAGUCUGGCCAUAACAGUUGCGGCCUUCCCUAUCCUGCCACUUAUCUCAUCCUCCAUAGAGAGGUUGCUCGAUAUGUUGGAUCCCAGAUAUGUGAAUCUGUCAACAGUAUCCACGUCUCUUGGCAUGUCUGUUGCGCUCUGCAGCUGGUUUUCUUCCAACUUAUGUUGCAUGGAAAUCCUGUGCAAAGUGAUAAGCCUUGAAGUUCGAUCCUUUGCUUUUUCCUCCCACGGUCUUAUAUACAUAAGCACACAAACAUAUGUACAUGAAAUUCGUUUGACUCCACAAGACGAAUGAAUAGCUAAUGAUACUUCAUCAAAUGGCUUUCAAAACCAAUCCACGUAUGACAGUUUCAGCUAAACUUUUAGCAUUAGAACUUUCACUCCUAUUUAAAUGUGGACUUCCACAAUGCUUAUGUUUUAAAGAGGGGUAUUGCAGUCUUUUUAUAUUUAAUUUAAUUGCUCUAAAAAAAGCUUUGCUCCUCCUAAAGGGUCGUCACCUGUGCAGUAACUUAGCCUGGGCGGGAUUUUAGGGAGACCGGUUGUUGCAAAGUUCAGUUAUUCCACACUCUUCACGAAGCCAGUAGAUCCAAAGGAAAUUACAAAAGUCUAUACAUCUUCGUAUUAACGCUGUCCAGGGAGUUCAAGAAAUGACAUUAUUCUUAGCGAGAGUUCUAAUUCGGGUCUGUCUGUCAGGAUUCAUUUUACUGUUUUACUUUACACCCAUAGUCUUACCAUAGCACCCCGCAUUGAUUGUAUAUAUGUAUAUUGAUAUUCAUUCAAAGCGUUUUCCAUUUUCUGAAAUUUCGAUACACAUACAUAUUUGCAAGCCAAUCAUCUUUUUGUUAACCUAAAACUAAAUUAGAUAUUGUUUAUACCUUAUUAUAUCACCGAAAGGUAGUCAAUUGUUCAUCUGAGUAUUUUUCUAGUAUACCAUACAUCUACUAUAAACAUUAGAAAAUAUGUAUGUUCGCAUCUGAUACAUAUCCGCAUUGAUUUAUUGAUAAUUUUAUUUCAGCUUCAUAAUCGAAAAGUUAAUACAUACGAGAUUUUAGUUUUAUCAUUACCGUUUUAUAUUGUUGCGUGACUAACAUUGUUUUAAUUUGAUUAAUAAAAUAAAAUUACCCGAAAUAGUUAGAUAUAGACCAGUGGUUCUCAAAUUUUCGAAUGCCGUUACCCUUUAAUACAGUUCCUUAUCGUAUGGUGACCCUCAACCAUAUAAUUAUGCUCCUUGCUUUUAUCAUAAAUAUGUAUUUUUCAAUGGUCUUAAGACACCCUGUUUAAGAGUCGUUCGAACUCCAAAUGAAUCAAGACCCACCUUUAAAGAAACUCUGAUCUAGACAAAUUUGGGUAUUAACACACUUUAUAAUUUAUAUUGAAAUUUAGGAUGGUUUAAACUCAUGAUAUACAGCAGUGUCAAGGCCAGGAACACUAUUUUUAUUUUCUACAUUAAAAGUUAUAUCUCUUACAUUUUUCAAAUGGGACAACAUUACAAUUUUAACCUGUUCAUAUGAUGAAUUAAUUCCCACUCUUAACGGUAAUACAAAUCUCAAAUUAAGGAUCUAAUCCAAGAAAGGCCCUUACAAGUUAUGGCUUUCUAUUUUAGAUCAUUUAGGCUUAAAAUAAAAUGUUUGUUGAAAAUUCAUUUCAAUAUUUUUUUUAAAUGAUCAUAAAAACAUUAUGUGAAUGUUCAAACAAGUUCUGUGUAGUUCAAUACAGAUAUUAAGACUAUGGAAAUUUGAAUGGAAUCUAUAAGGCAGUGCGUGUGAAUGAACAGUGUGUUCCGGAGUCAAGCAAAGAGUCAAUAUUAUUGAGACUUUGUAUAUAAGGUAUAUUUAUGUUUAUGUUUAUUGUGGGAAAUAACAACAUAGAAAAAAACAACAGCAAUCGGUGGCCAGUAUCAACAACACAGUAUAACCAAGUACAGCUCAGUACAACCCAGUAUUGAUUAGUGUUAGACUGAUACACACCACUGACUUCACGUAUCUAUAGAGAUAUACAAGCAAUUGCGGAGUCAAAUCUGACCCAAAUGGACAUCAAUAAAAAGAUGAUUCAGCAGAAUGAUUUGCUGUUGAAACUAUCAACAGUCCAUUAAUUAUGAAAUUCACAAGUUUCAAUAGUAAUGAAGAGACGUUCACGGACUACUACGCUAGAUAUGUGACCUUUGUGUUAGCAAGGAAAAGCAAACAAACAUUUUCGUAAUCAGCCAAACGCAAGAACUCUAUAAAAUGUUGUCAACACUAGUACAACAAAGAGACCCACCACAAAAAUUAAAUGUUUUAACCUUGGAAGACAUAUGGGGUAAUGAUGGGUCAGUUAGCACCAACAAAAUUUGUGAUCAGGGAAAGAGUCCAAUUCGGGUGUGCUUCAAGUAGAAAACCAGGGGAGACAAUCAAAUUAUUGACAGCUAGAAUAAGACAAGUUGCAACCACUUGUGAGUUUGAUAAUUUAAGAUAUACUCUAGAUGAAGCUUUACCGACAAGAUUGAUGUGUUAUUUCAAAAACAAAAAAAGUAGUGAAAAGUUUGUUUAGAAUGAAGGACACUGAUUUAUCAUUUAACAAGUCAGUAGAAAUAGCUGUUGAAACACAAGAUGCAGCAAAAUGUGCCAAAGAAACGGUCCAUGAUGAAACUCCUAUUAAAACAGCUCAGACAAACAGAAAUAAGCAAUAUCAGACAGCAGAGACAUUUUCUCCACCUCAAAGAGAGGAUUUUCCGAUUGGAACUUGUGACAGCUGUGGAGGAAGAGGAAAUAAAGGUACUGUCUGCAAGUAUAAAGACAUGAUCUGCCGCUUUUGCGACAAGAGAGGACAUCAAGAAAGGGUUUGUCUUAAUAAUAAGAAGAAUGCGCCAAAAUAUUAAAAGAAUAGGAAGGCGAAACCAAGUAAAUACUGACCCACCCUUUAUUCAAGAAAUAAUUUUAGAAGGAAAGAGGUUUACAAUCGAAAUUGACACCGGAGCCGGAGAAAAUUUUAUGUCUGAAUCUGUUUGGUGAAAGCUGGGACAACCAACCUUGAACCCAGUGUCUGUUAAGUACGAGUCAGCGUCUGGUGCUUAACUUAAUGUUUUGGGAGGUGUUGAGAUAAAUGCUGAUGCAGGGAAAAUAUCUACAAAUAUUCAUUUUUUAAAUAAAUGAUUACUUCUUAAUUUUUUUAAGAAGAACCGCAUUAAAGAACCUCAAGAUUUCACCAGAAACACUAUUUCAAACAAAGAUAAAUCACAUUAGUAAUCAAAACUCAUUGAGUAAAGCGUGUGAACAAAUCUUUAAGCAAUUCCCUCACCUUUUUAAAUCAGGUCUUGGACUAUUGAAAUAAUUUGAGCUAGAAAAUAAGUUCAAGCCAAUUACGCAACAAUUUAUAUUAAAUCUAGAACUGUUCAAUUUGCGGUAAAGACAGAGAUAGCAGAGGCUUAUAAAGCAGGAAUAUCCUAAGGAGUCUGGACCAGUACAGUUCAAUCAAUAGGGCACUCCCGUAGUUCCAGUAAGAAAGAAGUCGAUCUCAUGAAAGAAAGUCACAAAUUAUGGUCGUGCAGACUAUACGAAAACUGUAAAUCAACAUGUAGAAACACCCAGGUACUCAAUGUCAUUACCAGAAGAAUAAUGAGAAAGUUAGCAAGUGGACGGAUUUGCCCGGAAUAGCAGUGUACACGGACGACAUUCUAGUGAGAGCGAAAGGAUGAGGAAGACAAUGUAAACAACCUUCGCAGGUUAUUACACAGACUGAUUGAAAAUGGAUUAAAGUGCAGGAUCGAAGAAUGCAUCUUUGUCCAGAAAUCAAUCGAAUAUUUAGGGCAUAAAAAAUCAAGAAAUGGCAUAUCAAAAGGAGCUAAAGUAAAUGCAGUUAUAUCCAGGCUAACCUCCCACAGAUAUUUCCUCUCUAGGGUCAUUUCUUGGUCAAGUGCAGUUUUACAGCAAGUUCUUACCAGACCUAUCAAUUUUACUUAAGCCACUGUAUUAUUUAACUAAAAAGAGCUUAUGAUGGAACUGGAAAACGGAAUAAAAAUAAGCUAUUAAGAAAGUCAAGCAAUUGCUUUCUAUUGAUAUAGUUCUAGCUUACGAUUAUUCAACUCUAGACAUAGGCAUAUCCUGUGACGCCUCUAAUGUUGGUAUAGGAAGUGUUCUGUUCCACAGAUAUCCUGAUGUCGGUGAAAGCCCUAUUGCUAACAUUUCAAAAACUCUCUCAGCAACACAACGCAAAUAUAGCCAGAUUCAGAAGGAAGCCCAGUUAAAUCGUUUAGCCAGAUAGGCUCUUAUCUUAAGUUAAUAAGACUCUAUUAUUGAAUUCCGUAAGUCAACAGAACGUAGCAAUGCAGUUGCCCUUAGUCGUCUACUCUCAGGGGAUGAUGACAUUGGUGAUGGUUAAGAAAGUGAAGCAGACAUGGAUUAUGUGUGUAUGAUCAAACAAAUCAGUUUACAGAUCAGACCAGCAGACCCAGGAGUCGUUGCUAAAGAGUCCCUUAAAGAUUAUACUGUUUCUGCAGUGAUGAGAUAUUGACUAGAGCGCUGGCCAUCCACUACAAACAAAGCUCACUUGAACAAGGAUGCAGCUAAUAUUGCAGCUUUUAAAAAUAUUCAAGACUUACUCUCCUUGGACUGGGAAUCGUCUAUUUUAUGGUUCAAGAUUUGUUGUACCAAAAAUACUACAAGCUCGGGUUCUCUAAAUCCUGCAUACAGGACAUUUUGGAUUUGAGUGGAUGAAACAGGUCGUCAGAUCCACUGUAUACUGUCCUGGACUUGAUGCUGAAAUCAUGGCGAUAGGUUAUGCCAGGCAUGUGCAGAAGUUGCCAGAGACCCAAACAAGCAUGUAUCCACCCAUGGAUGCAGCCUGAAAAACAAUGGAGUCAAGUGCAUAUCGACAAUGCCAUUUAGUCUAAGGGAUCAGGUUGGCUGGUGGUGAUAGAUGCUUAUUCAAAGUAUCCGUGUAUCCACAGGACAACAUUUACAUCAAACAAAGCCACCCUUGAUCUUUUAAUGGACGAUUUUGCUUAUUUCGGCUAUCCACAUAUCAUAGUAAGUGAUAAUGCUGCAAGAUUCUUUUCUGAAGUGCAGGGACAAUAUCUUAAAGAAAUAGCCGUCCGUAAUGGUACAAAUAGAUGUCUUAGUGAAUCAUUUAACCAAGGAUAACCAUGCUACUUCAGAAUAUAUAGACGAAAAACAGACUCUAAACAACGAUUGGCUCCCAGUACAAUCAUCCAAGUUAUAGGUCCACGUCUUUUCAAGGUGAGGAUUUAACCGACUGGUCUCAUAUUGAAGAGACAUUUAAACCAACUUCACCACAGGUAUAAAGCAGGUGGAGAUUCAGAACCAGGUAUGGAUUUAAUGACAUGAAAUCUUUACCCAACAGCUCAGCAAGCCCUGAGCAAUUAACCGUCUACACAUCCAACAACUCCAAGUCCACCUAAGAAGAAGAUUAAUUCUCGACAUCCAAGACCCUCAGACAAUGUCAUACCUAAAAGAUCUCAAAGACAACGCAUAGCACCAUUGUUACUGAACGUGUAAUCGUUCUGGGAGGUUUUAUAAUGGACUAGCGGAGUAGAUCGUCCUAAUAGCCAACUAUGUCAAAAAAAUGUGCAUACGAAGCGACUGUAAGCAGUGUGUGUGAAUGAACAGUGUGUUCCGGAGUCAAGCAUAUAGUUAACAAUAUUUAGAAAUUGUAUAUUAGGUAUAUUUAUGUUAAUGUUUAUUGCUGGAACUAAAAACAUAGUACAAAAACUUCUCAUAAAUGAGAUACGUAAAAAACGCAACAAAAUGGAAUAUUGAUCUGAUUUUUAUAGUGCCCCUAUCUUAAGGGUAACUAAACUUCACCAUAUUUGGAACGGUUUUCCUUUUUUAUCAAGUCAAGUUUUUGAAGUGUCCAGCUUCCUUAUUAAAUGAAACGGAAGGCAACUUAAAUUCACUGUUUACUUGAGUUAUUGUACCUUGGAAUUUUUAAAGACAAAACUUUUCGUUUUAAUAUUACUUUGGUAAACAAAGAGUUUUUGGCAGAGUUCUAAAUUUACAUGUAUGCUAAAAAGGCAAAAGGUAUUUGUUUGUUUUUUUUUUGCUUUGUUGUUUUUCCGAAUACAGAACUAACAAAAUCCUGGAGUUUCACUGGCAUAUGUAUUUAUUAAUUUAUAUAUUUCUAAAUAUAUUUCUUUAGACACAGGAAGAGUGGUUCUAAAACAAUGCCCUGAAAUCGUAGAAGAAGAAACACAUGUGAAGUGUAUAUGUGAAACAUCAAAUAUUAGAAAUUUAAAUAUUUCUCUCACCUGGUUUGGGGACAAUUUCCUCAAUCUGACCAAUGAUACAACCGCAAUUCUUUCUUUCAAUGUAACAAGGAGGAAUGAAGGUAAUAACACUUCUCACUUUAUUUCAUUGCGUAGGUUUAUUUUUAGUAAUAAAUUAUAAAUAUAUAUAUAUAUUUUACACAUGUGAUAAAAUUUAACUUUCUAUCCACAAAUCUUCUCGUUCGCGGUGUUAGUGCGGACUAAGCAACAUUGAUGAAUAAUUUGAUGAGGUAUAAAAUGAGGACUCAUAAGUUGGAUGAUAGAUCAGUAUAUUCUAUUGGAACCAUAAUGACAUUAAAUAAAUAAGGAAUGAGUCGUCAUAGUAGGUGCUGAGUACCAGAGACGUGGGUGUUCAUCAAAGUUGCAGAACAGAUUUACAAAAAAGGCUUUCAUGAUCGGCGAGUUAUUUACUACCUCAUGGUUGCCUUACGAGUGACGGAGGAAUCACAAUUUGUUAUUAAAGCAAAAUGAAGGAAUUUUGAUGGUCUCUUCAAUUGCAGGAAUGGUAGUCUUCUAACGCUUUUAAAAAGGAAAAUAAUUGUAUGUGGCAAAUAGGUGCAGCUCAAAAUCGGAAAGUUGAUUACCUUAAUAAUUUCCACAACCUACAGGGUUGAUUCUACGUAGAAUACUUUCACUGUCCUAUAUUAAUUGCUUUCAUAUAAUGUCAAGUGGUACAUGGAAGAAAAGCUCUUUUCCAUAGAAGGAUGAUUCUACUUUAUCGCCUAUAAUAAGCUAAGCGAAGAGAGUAAAAUAAUUUUAAAACGAUCAAUUAAAUAUAUUUAAAGACGAGCGAACAACGGCGUAUUCCCAAUAUCUUAUUGGAAAAAAACUUCUCAUAAAAAAACAACAAAAAAAAAACAGAAUUUGCAACUGUCAUGUAGAGACCGUAAUUCAAAAGUUAUCUAAUGACAGACCAAGUUACCUGAUAAGUCAUAAUUAUUGAAACAGUUUCUUCAAGGACUCUAAGACUAGUAAAUUGUGCCACAAGUUGUGUUGUGCAAAUUCUUCUAACUGUUGGCAAUUCAAGAUCUGUCCUCGAACAGCUCAUAUAUCUAAGAGACGAUGUAUGUACUCCGGGGAAAACAUGUGUCAUCAGUAGCUACGUAUCACUUGGUGGUAGAAAUUCUAGGCCUUACGAAGGUUUUGUAGAGAUAUCUUCAACUACCAGCAAAAAUGAAUGAUCAAGUUGUUUAAUAAAUGGGGAUGCUAUUGAAGUGUAGAACCCAGGUUUCUUAAUGGAGAAGAGAUGUGUUACAUUUCUUGUGAAUGCCCCAAACACGAUAAUAAAUUUCGAGAUUGCUGAAACUGAAUCGUAUUUCUUUUAUUUGUAACAAAGUUCUCCCUAGGACUGUGAUCAUGCUUGUUAAAUUGUGCAGUGAUAGAGGGAUUUAGAUACCCACUCCCUUAAAAAAAAAUUCAAAAAUAAAUAAUUAAAAGAAAUAUUAGAGAGCAAAAAAGAGAACAAGAGAGUAACGAUUUUCCAAAAUUGUAUAUUUUACUUAAAUUUUAUGCAUUCUUUAAUUAAUAUUCUUCUUUUUUUAUAAGUCGUAUUACCACGAAUUAAAUCAUUUAUUUAACUUUAACAAGGACGAACGCUUCUUUCCUGGAUAUUUUUGUAAACACAGUCGAGGUAAAUGGCCAUGUGGAUAUCGGUUACUAACUUAUAAAAUGCAAAUACAUGUUCUUUAGUUUCUCUCUUUAAAAAAUUGAAACACAAUGUAUUGAUAAAUUUAUUUCAAAAAGGUGUCUGUUAAUAUAUUGAUCAAGUAAGGAAGAAAGUAACAAGUUAAUAGCCUUUUUAAAAAAUGCUUAAAGUGUGUUUUUACGUUGUUAUUUAAAUUUUUUUUAUUUCGAACAAUACAAACAACAUUAAAAAAUUUCUUCGUGUAAAAACAAAUUCCAGAAUUCGUUUGUUUUGGGUCUUCACUUACGGGCAGCAAAAAUUAUUCAACAGUUUACAAACCGACUGUUAUAGGUAUGUAGUGUCCUAUAAAAAAAAACUGCUUAAUAGUAUCUGAUUUUAAACAAUCUAAUUCAUAUAUGUUAUGUUUAAAAGAAGUAAUAUUAAAAUAAUGUACAAGCACAUACAAGAAAGUUUAAAAGGUUAUUAGACAACGUUUGAAUUGCAAUAUCUAACGCAUUUUAAUUUUUUUUUUCAGUGAGACCUUACAACGUGUCAUGUACGGACAAUCAGGAUAAUGAUAGUGUAAUGGUUGCUUGCAAGUCUAGUCGAGGGUAUCCAAUUCCGAAGUGUGAUUUCAGAAUUUUAAAAAAUACAGUAGGUGAUUGUAUUUUCUGGUUCUUAAAUCAUAUAAUAGUAUUUAUUAAUUCAAUGUAAUUUUAAAUAGUGACAUAGGGUUCGAAGGAAGUGUACAACGUCCUUUAUUUGUUUACUAAUUUAACUAAAUUUUCCUCUAACUUAUUUGUGUUAUGUCGAUGCUUGGGAUUUAAGUAUUUAUGAUAUUCCAUAAUAUAAUAACAUGUUACAGAAACUUAUGAAACAAAGAAAACAGUUUAUUUUCGCUAGAAAGUUCUUACAACGAUGUGAAGGUUUCUUGUCAUUUUAAGCAAAAUUUUACAUCGUAUUUAUAAAAUUAAGACUCAUAAAAAAUUAUAUCAAAAUCAAAAUAACGACAUGUCUAUAACAAUUAAACCAAUGUAGUCAGUGAAAAGCGUUUUAAAAUAAUAUACAAAACUAAAUAAACGUAAGAAUAUGCGUUCCAUUGGAAAAAUAUAUACAAAUUAUUUUAAAUAAUGUAUAGAAAAGGACUAAUAUUUCCGAGAAAUUACAAAUGGUAAAACUCAAUUGAAAUCAAUAAUCAUCAGAUCCCAUGUAACUAAGUCAAAAUGUAUUGAAUUUUUAUACAUCUUAAAAAUGACUUUUUUUAAAUUUAAUUAUUCUUUCCAUAUAAAUGUAAAUUAUAUUGCAUGAUUUCACCCCCCACCCCCACAAACCCGGUCAAAUUUUUCUCUUAUCAUACAACUUCAAAUUACAUUUUUAACAAAUUUAAUUCACUCUCUAAUUCAAUCGAAUUUAAAAUAACUUUUACUUUCAGCUUUGACUUCGCUACAGGCCAAAAGUUUCGAUAAGCAUUUGGUUUCGAUCGAAAGUAAUUUGUAAUUUUUUAGACUGGUUUCGAUUUUGUUUGAAAUCUGAAAAACACCUUCGGUCUUUCGGUAAUGUCAGAACGGCUUUGAGCAGAGUGUUUAAAAAAAAAAAAAUAUUUCCAUUAAUUUCAGCCAUGAAAAAAAUAUGUUGACCUUUCGGAGAUUUAACUUAAUUUUUUUCUAUAAACAAAAACCCUUUCAAAGUUCAUUUCUUUUUUUAAAUCUCAUUUUUCUACGUACUUAUUUAUAAGCAAAGAUGUAAGGAAUUUGUGUGCUAUGUUUAAAUUUCUCGUGUUUAUUCUUGAAGGUAUCGUCACGUAUCCUUUCGCCUAAAAUUUUAACUAAUUGCAAUAAUAACUGAUAAAAUUAAGCUAAACAUAACGGCUGCAAAUCGAUAAUGACGUCACAUAAACAAAAAAGAUUGAAAAGAAUCGCUGACGAGCUCUUAAACAGUCGUAUUUUUAAAAGGGUAAAAUAACCCCAAAAGUAAAGACUUGUCACAAUUUUAAUUUUAAUGUGUUUUCACGUUUUAAAAUAAAUACUUAGCUGACGAAACAUCUUUAUAACUCUAAAAUUAUUGAAAAAAAGAUGUUAAUUUUAGACAUUUAAACAUAAAAAUAUAUUAAUUAAAGAAUAAAAGGCAACUCCCUCCACAAAAGAACAUACCUUUGUUUUCUCCAACGAGCAGGAUUCAAUGGUGCUUCACAACACGACUGAUUCGUUUAACGAUGAAUAUCUGAACAAUAAUAAGCUGUACUACAGAUCAGAAUGUGUUUUUAAAAUCCCAAAGUCUUACUUUCAAACGACAUUUUAUUUGUUGGUGACAAUGUAUCCAAACAUUACUGGUUCUGAUUCCGACAUGGUGUAUGGAUCAAAUUAUACACAUAAAAUAGGUAAGACAAAAGAUAGUUGUUUAUUCUAUUAUAAAUUACUGAUAUCUGGACAAAGUGAAACAAUAUAAGUUAUACGCUUGUUCAGUGUGUUGGCAUUAGUGAGGAAAAACAUGUGAAAGCAUUUUGUAAUUUGUAAAGGUAAUGUUCUGGUGUGCACCUUAUACAAAUAAAUGUCUCAUUCCAUACAAAUAUCUUACAAUUUUGAGGUUGAAUGAAAUAAGAAUUUAUUUUGUUAACACAAUAAAGAAGUAUACAUUAUUUAUCUGUAUAACUUUACAUUGCCCUUUAAAACAGUGUUUAUCAUAAAUUAAUUAUGUGAUCUUAAGAUAAAUAAUCUUUUCAGAAAAUAAUCGUAAUAAAAAGUAAAAUACAGUCUUCCCAUGUUUACAACGUCAAUCUUUUCUAGACAAUCGCGAUAAUUGGAUAACUGCGCAUUUGGAUUAUUUAAUUAUAAAUCAACUUUUUUUGUAGUUUGAGUUAGAUUCUAUUAACAAAUAACUUGAGGAAGCUGUUCAUUUGCAACAGUUUCCACCCAUAUUCUUCGUUAAUUAGACGUGAGGUAAAACCCCACUGUAAAAAUCAUUCUAGAUGGCAAAUGGAGUUUCCCCAGGAUGGGAGACGGAAGAUUUUAAGACAUCAAUAACCUAUCACAAAGUCGGCUGCUGACGCUGUGAGAACAGCUUCAAAUGCCGACCGGGUGUUUUUGGACUAAGAUGACUUCUGUUGCUACCCGACGCCUGGUUACAUGUUGGCUAAUGCCUGCUAUAUCAUGUUCUUUUUGUGGCAAAGCUUCGCUUCGCGCAUCUACUGCCUUUUUCAUCCAUAAUACUGUGCUUUUCGCCAGCUGGAACUAAGCACAGCAAUGAUCCCAAUUCGUUGAUUUCUUUGUCGGCUUCUUUUAUGUUCGAUUUGCAAAUGGUCAGAAAUCGCAGCCGUGGCCGUCCAACAUGGCUAGCCACUUCUGACAAUUUUCUAUGCAGCAGAAGAUUUGUUAUACAAUCUUCAUUCAUUCUACUUACAUGGCCGAACAGGGGACGUCCCUUCUUGAGCAGACAAUAUUCUAAACAAAUUGACACGUUCUAAGACUAUCUGGUAGGCAUUAUGUCCUGCCAUCGAAUGCAUGCAAUGCGACGCAGAACUUUUUUAUGGAAAUUGUUGAGUUUCAUCUUAUGACUGGCACUUGAGUUCAAUACUCCACUGCCCUAUAGGAGCGUACUACGCAGACAUGCCUGAUAGAUGCACAGUUUUGGAGUAUCUUUGCUUUUAAAAUUAUUCUACUCAGUUUAUGCAAAUUAUCCAUAGUUACUGCUGCAUUCUUUGCAAUCCUGAUGUUUGCAUGUUUUUUAAUGGAAAUUUAAAGAGAGAUAUUGAGAAAAGACCAACUACAGAUUUAUUAUGGCCAUCAACAGAUUUGUUUUAAAAGGACCAUGCUUAUGUAUCAGAAAUAUAUUUUAUGCACACUAAUUAACGGUUAGAACUCUUAAAAUACAUGUUGGAGACGAUUAUUUUUUCGCUGAAUAUCUUCUUCUGUGUGUGGUGGUAGGACACCACUGAAAAGGAACAUCAGUUUACGAAUUAGUACCAUUAGUACCUUGGUAGUUGCACGAAUGUGGAAGUUAUUGAACAUGCAACUAUUAGAUAGGGUAUUAAUGUGUACUCCGUUUUCAUAUUCCCUGAAAGCAAACUGAAAAAUCAACGGGAAGAAAAUUGAAACGUGUUGCUGCAAGUGCAUAACCUUGUUUUACUACGACUGCUGACUGGGAUUAUCUCAGGGACCACGCCAUUGAAUGUUGCUGUGCUAUCCAUGUUUUCAUGAAAUGAUUUAAUGAUUUUGAGAACUCAUUUUUUUUUUUCAAAGUGUUACAAAAAAUACGAUAAUUUCACUUUUUAUAUGAAACUAGCGACUGCCUGGCAUGUGUUUCAAUUCACUUUAAGAAAGAAAGUGUUUGCGAUUUAUGGUUCUUAUUUAUGGUUCUUUAAAAGUUUCAAAAAUGAUAUUUCUUUUUGUCUGGUGUAUACACAAAUAAAUCUGAAUGUUCCCGACACGUGAGCAGACCACGUACAGCAGUCCAUGGGAGACUAAUAGGUUUUACAAAUUUACAAAUUGAUUCAAUGCAGUAUCGAUGGACUUACACGUUUUCACUUUGACUUAUAUUUGAUUUUGAAUGCUUAACUUGAUGGCAUUGAAAUCGUUUUUUAGCUGCUAAUAUAAAACAUGCACUGAGCCACUGAAGACUUUUGUAAUUGUGGUGCGAUAUUUUGGAAACAUUGUGAAUUGAUUAGUUUGUGGUUGUUGGGCUUUUACAAAGCUCUUUUGCAAUGUGAACCAUUUUGUGGAUUCAUCGAUUGCCAUUUUCCCAUUAUCAAUGGCCAAAAAUUGUUUUGUGACACGUAGUGGAUGAAUCCUGUUGUAAGUGCACACCCAUAUUGGUAUUUAAAGUCAAUUUCUGUACGUGUCGCCAUAAAACUGAAGAUUUGUAACUUGCAUUUUAUUUAUCGAAAGCGUUGAACGUGUAAUAGCUAGUAUAGUUUGUCGAAAAUGACCAGAUAAAAAAAAAUAAGUGCGCCACAGAAGACCUGUUCAUUUCUUAUCAAAUCGUUAAUGUACGAUGAAGCGCUUCCAAGGUUUUUUAAUGCACUCUAGUACAUUUGUCCCAAAUAAUCAGUUGACAUUUUUGGAGUACCUUACACAUUCUUAAAUUUAUAUUUAUAUUGCAUGUUUGUUUCUCAGUGAUUUACUGACAAUUCAGGGCUGAAUACGCUAAUCGACAACUACCAACAAAAGGUCUUAAAAAUAAAAAAAAAUGAUCGUUAGUCCUUAAUAUAUAGAUGAAGAAGAGUUGCUGCAAUUUUAGGUGACACAAUUGUCAGUACACUAUUUCUCCUUGAUCGGAUUGUUGCCAAAAUAAGGGAAAAUAUAAAUAUUAUCUGUCCCUCCCGGGAGCAUCUAGGAUAUACAAUACGCCUAUUUGACUUAUAAUUGCAUGAGUUAUUUAGGAACCAAUUUUGGAAGAUUCAUUGGAAUAAAUGUAUCGACUUCGUCAAUAUCAAAGUGUGUGCCUCGUUGAAAAUCACGAUCGAAAAUGUUAGUUGCAAAUCGAAUCGAAAAAGACAAGCCCAACUGCACCAGUGCUUUGUUAGCGAUUGCCGAAAAUAUGUCCUCCAUCGAAACCAAUGUCUCAUUGUAAACGAUUGGUGUAAAUUUAAUGUCCGGAUUUUAUUCGUUGCACGCAAAUGAUGUAAUGUGUCAUUAGGUAUUCCGUCUUUGUAUUUCUUCCAAAGAUCUUUCGGAUUGGACUGGAAGCACGUUGUCAAUAUGACUGCAAACAACAUGCGUAUUUGCUGUGAUUGAGCAAGAAUUUGAUGCAUCAGCGAGCGAAGGGUCUCAAUAUGCAUAGUUUUCCAGAAGUUUUUUUUUUUCUUGGCAAGCUUUGCGAUAAGUGGCACAUACUUGACUGAUGACUCUUCUCAAUUCUUGAAAGGAUCAUGUUUCACGUACGUUGAAUAACAGUAAUCGCAAGUAUGUAUUCUGAAUUUUCUGGGGGAACAGUAUGCAGCGUCAUAAUGCGUUAUUUGAAUAAAAGUUUUGGUGCUCUUCAAAUGAUUUACCCUUAUUGUGACGUUGAAACGUGUUCACUGUUGCAUUCCUUGUGUAAUAUCUUGACACUCCAGAGUAAAGUAUUUUCUUUGCAAAAAUAUUAUUCCUGCUCAAUUAAAAAAUGCAUUUAACGUUUUAACAGAUGUGAUAAUGCUCUUUCGCGUGCAAUUUCUGUAGUGAAGUGCAUGCACUGUCCAUUGUAACGUGCACUGCUAAAUUCAAAACUAUUAGAUGGCGUUCCUGAAUUGAAAUUUAUAAAAUGCGACAUACUGCUUUUGCUAUUUAUGUAGUGUCCAGGUCGAUUUUAGUAGAUUUCAUCAAUGGAUACAUUGUCUUUUCCAUUUUAAAAAUUGCAUAUCGCUUCCUUUGCUAACAUAUUUUCCAAUUUACUUUAUCAAUUUCGAUGAAUCGAAAUAAUUGAUAUUGAUGUGUGUGUUAAACGUUUCCUAGAGUAACGGUGAAUAUGGCAUAACCCAAAUAUUAUUGACUUCAACAUCAGUAUUUUGUACUUUUCAAGUGAUGGAUUUGCUACUAUCUUCAUUUGGUCAUUGACUAUAGAGGUUAUAUCCAUCGUUGCCCGUAAAUCUCUUGGGUAUCGCUUGGUUCAUUUCCAAUCAGACCUGUAUGGUGACGUGUAGUUCAGUAAGCCACAAAGACAAUGACUCAUUUUUUGUUGUUGAUGACUUCAAAUACGUAUUGUUCAAUGUUGACAUCAAGUAAUUCUGCAAAAAAUAACUUAAUCAAUUUUAUCUUCUGUGACUUUUACUAUCAACCAAAUUGAAAAGUUUAAUUUUAGCAAGGCCUUUUCUUGCUAUUCAACGGAAUACAUCCAACAUUGUGUCGCUCCAAAAACAUGAUGCUUCAUACUGCAGUCUAACAAAUAUUUUAAUUAAAUGUUUCAACAAACGUGCAAAAAUAUCAUGACGAUCCGAUGAUGAUUGUCCAGUUAGCGAAGCAUUAUGUAAUUGAUCCGAAUUAGGGUUGCAUGUAAAUCUAAUAAAAACCUCUGGGCGACUCUACACGCGAACAUAUGUCAUUGCAUUUGUGCGUACUCAUGCAUUUGCCGAUGACACACUGUAAAUGUGGCUGGUAGUAUAACAAUUUUCCUCAAUUUAUUUGUAUUCACAUUGCCAUCAUUCACAACUGCAUCACGUAAGUGAAUGUAUUUUUCGGAAGGCAUCUUAGUUUAAUUUAAUCGAAUGCAGAGGACUCUUUCUUUUUCAAUUUUCACAUACAUAUCAACAAUGUAUUAAUGGAAUAAUUGUCGAUAUUUCAAGAUUUGGUUGUGAACAAUCGAAUUAAUUGGUUGUUUUAAAAGAAUGGAGUUUGCAAUGCAGCGUAAAUUUCCGGUUCAGCUGCCAUAUUAUUUGACUACAUUGAUCGAUUGGUUCAUCAGUAUUUCACAUGAAAUAAAUUUGAGAAAAUGUGUGAUCUGUGUUCAGCAGUGGUAGCAGUGGUCCUGUACGAUGAUGAAUUCGCCCUUGCACUCUGAAUUCUGACAUUUAAUUAUUACGCACGAUAUUUGUUGCACCAACGAUGUUAUUUGGAAAUAGAACUUGCGUUUGUUUACCAAGCAACGUUUCAAUUGGCUCUUUCGCCUAAUAACAACGUUGAUAAUGGUUCAGGUUUAGAUUGUGAUCUCCAUGUUCUCUAGCUUUUUUAUUUAUUUUUUAAAUGACUGUUAACAUUACUUUAUUUGUAUAUAUAUAUAGAUAUAUAGAUAUAUUUUGAUAAUAUUUUAUUUAUUACAAUAAAUUUGCGCUUUUUUUCUUUGAUUUUUACAGAAUUGAAAUGCAUUACAAGUACUGCAGAUUCGUCUUUUUGGAAUCCUCUUUCUUUUGCUCUCAUUGGAACUAUCAGCUUUUUAGUCAUAAUCAUUGUGAUUGCUGUUGUAAUAUUAAGGAGGAAAGGUAUGAUUGUCAGCACUUUAGAAUGUUAACAUUUUGCUUUUUAAAAAUUUAAAUUAUACGAACAAAGUUGAUACCAAAGCUUGUGAUAUUAAUAACAUAACUAAUUUAUUUAAGCUGUUAUUUUUCAUACAGAGUUAUACAAAAUUUAUUCUAAAUUGAAUACAGUUUAAUUUUCGUUGUGUGAAUACAAUACAUUAGAAAACAGCAAGUUUAUUACAAUAUUAUCUCCUUUUAAAGUUCUGUAAUUUAUUUUUUCUUACAUCAACCGUCUAAUUUAUAGCCGAGAGUGAGCCCAGAUUUAAACAUUUAGAAAGUACCGUUCUAGAGAGUGUUCUUUACCAAAUGUAGAAGCUUUUGAAUUGUUAACACAUUGUUCCGACAAAGGUAAGGGAUACGUAUGUAUCGGGCGAUGGAGACAAACUAAAAAAAAUUAUUAAUGACGACAGGCAGGUCAGUUAAUGGAUGUUCGCUCUUGCAAAAUGUUUAGGCAAAAACACACACUAAAAUUCAAUAAGUCUGGUACACAAAAUCAGAUCGCGAUAAAACCAAAUUGUUGACACAUUUUUUAGACUAACACCACAAACAUUUAACAUUCCCAAAAUGAACGCAGGCCCACCAACCAGUUAGCACAGGAUAUUUUCAUGCAAAAUGCGUUGAGAUUUUUAACGCUAAUUAUGCGGGAAGUAUUUACUUUCCAAUGAUUUCUUUGUAAGCUUUUUUAUUCAUGACAUACGAUAUAAUGUUUUAACUAUACAGGGAUAUAAUACUUCAGACAAUUUACAUCUAUUUAAAUCCCGACACGAACGUUAGUAAAUUCAAAUUUAUUAUCGUUACCCAAUCAAUAACCAUUUUUUAGUGAUACUGUGCUAUUAAGCUGCUUUGAAAAUAAAAAAAAAAUGUAUUUAAUGAGACGAUCGAAUUUAUAAAUAUUUUUUCAUUUCUCAAAGCACUUUAAAUCUGGAUUGGUAUUAGUUUUUUUUUAAUGAUCUUCAAAGAGAUCAAACAAUGCUAGACAAUAUAAAUAGUCAUUAAAAAUAUAACAAUUCUUUAAACCUAUCCCGCACAACAUACGGCCUGCGGGCCUAUGCUGCCCGCCUGCACGAAAUUUGUUUCCCGUGAAGGCUUUGGUGAAAAAAUAUAACAGUUUUAAAUAAGCUAUAAAGGUAUUUAUUUCAUUAAUUUUCCCCCACGUAUACUUGAAAUCAAUGUUUUGUUUCAUUAAAUCAAAUUAAUUAUUUUAAAGUUGUUUAAAUAUUUACUCCAUAUUUUCUUUCCUACUGAAAAUAUUAAAUAACAGAAAGCUGGCAUCUGCCGAGCAAUUAUUCUUUCGCGAGGGAAAUCGACUACGAUUUCCCACGCGUAUGUAUUCUUAAAGAACAUAUCAAAGUGUGUUAAAAAUAGUGUCUUCUUUGCAGGGUAGUCUUUUACUAUAUUUGUAAGAUGGCGUAGGAUUGUGUGGUGUAGAAAUCACGUAUAACGAUAUUUUGAUAUUCUGUGCUUUUAGUUCGGUAACAUAUGUAUACAUGUGUAUUGAAAGAUUUAAGAGCAAUGAGUCAAAGCAGAAAGAGAAAACGAGUGAUAGAGCACGGAAUUUUUAAUCCGGAAUAUACGAAUAAAUACUUAUUUACUGUGUUCAAGGAUAGAGUACUGUGCCUCGUAUGUCGUGACACAGUUGCUGCUCCGAAAGAGUAUAUUCUUCAAGGCAUUUUGAAUCUAAACAUCCUAAUUUAUCAACAUUAGACAAAUAUUAAAAAUACAUUAGUGCAGCGAAUCUGUCAAAAACCCUUUUGGAGAGAAGACAUUUUUCAAGAAAAAGAGCAGUGAAAAUGAGACUGCUACGGAGAUAAGCUUUUUUUAUUUCAAGGGAAUGGCUAAUGCUGUGUAAUACUUUACUGAUGACAGUCUUUUAAAGAAGUGCAUGCUGAUUAUCACGUCUCAAUUAUGUCUGGAAAAAAACAAUUAUAUUUUUUAAAAAAAUAGUUUAUCACAAAUGAUAUUGCAAAGAACAAUUCUUGAUAUUUCCAUCAGUCUUCAGCAAAAAUGUAUGCAGACAGUUUGUGAAUGUUCAUUUUAUGCUCUAGCUAUGGACGAAAGCAAGGAUUUUGAGGACACCGCCAAGUUUCUCAUUUUGAUUAGACGUGUUGAAAAUAAAACUGUGUAAUUACCGAAGAAUUCACUGUCAUGUGCCCCUUGUCAGGUCGCACACCGGGAAAAUAAAUAUUCAAUGAAGUGAUAAAUAGCUGAAAAGAUAUUUUGUGAUUUGAUUUUAUAAAAUUAGUGUUUAUUUGUACAGACGGUGCCGGACAUAUGACGGGUAUUAAUAAGGUAGCAGUUGCACUUUUUGAAAAAUUUAUCGGCAGGCAAGUGACAAAAUACAAUUGCAUUAUAAAUGUUCAGUCCCUAUGUUGACAAGUUUUUCAUUACGAAAUGCUAUGUCGGUUGUUGUCAAAAUAGUCAACUAUAUAAGAUCAAAAGGAAUCAAACUUAGGGUUUUUUAAGCUUUUCUUGAAUACCGAGACGUAAUGCACCAUGAAGAAGUGAGGUGGUUAAAAUUAGGAGAGGAGAUUAUGUGAUUCGUUGCGUGGAGUAGGAAAUAUUUAAUUCCUAGAAGAUAAAGCCAAGGAAUUUCCUCUAUGUUAAGAUUAAUCCUGGAAUCAAGCCCUCUUCUUCUUUUGUGAUAUUAUAACUUAAGAUAUUUAACGUUUAACUUCAAGGUAAGCAAAAUUUCGCAUUUGAAAUGAUUGCAGUGGUAAAAGCUUAUAGUGAAAAUGAAACUUUUCAAAACCUAGUUACUAAAUGGUGAAAUGAGUCCCCUCUCCACUUAUGCACACCCUUUUUUUCCAGGCCAAGCACGUCGUCUUGGUAAAAUAAUUUGCUAAUGAAAUAAAUCUUUUGAUAUAAGAAUUUGAUAAAAGUCUUACUAUUUCUAAAGAAUGAAAAAUUCGAUUAAAUAAUUGAAGAUCCAGUUUCUGAGAAUGACGAGGACAUAAUAAAGACUUCGGAGGACCAGAGCCUAGUGAGCAUGAAAAAACGGCAUUGAUACUGGCGCGAAACAAAUAUCAAAUCAAUCAAUCAAACAUACCAGUUCAAUUGCAGCUGGAUGCUAUUGAAAUACAAUGUUCGGCAACUUAACGAUGCAAACACAGAGAAAGCAGCCUGAAUGAUUUUUUAUAAAAUCUUGACCGUGAGAAUUACAAAAAAUAUUUACGAAGUUGCACCAAAAAUUUGUUUGUGUAUAUAGAAUCACUUAUAUAUGUUAAAAGACUUUUUCAAUACUGAAUAUUAAUAAAUGCAAUCCACUCUCAUGUUUGAGUGAUGUUCAUUUGGAAGAUAUCUUGAGAACCGACACUUCUAAUAUAUCUCCUAAAUAUACAAAACUUGUUACUGAAAAACGAUGAAGAUUCUAACAUUAAAAUUAUUUCGUAAGUAACGAAAUAUUCUUGAAUAUUAUUAUUAUCUUAAUAGUUUACUCCCGUCCUUUUUUCUUUCGGCCCGCACAAGUUUUUCAAUCAGUAUUGGGACCCGCCUUAUAAUUUGAAUGGUUCAGGCCUGCUUUAAACUAUUUCUAUCUCACUCCAUGUCACUUAGAAACAUGUUUUGCAAUCGUUUGAAAUAAGUGUAUACCAUAUUAGAAUUUCCUUAUCAUUAUUUUUUUUUAAAAACGAUAACUUCGUUAUGGUAUACUGAUCUUUGGCUAUAUGCUUGAAUAUUUUUGUUUGUGUUUUGAAUGUAGCCUAUUCUGCUUGGAUGCCUAGAUAUCAAGUGACAUUAAUUUGCUUUAAAUUGUCAACACUGUCACAACACCACAACGUUUGAAUGGAAAAAAUAUAUAGUUUAUUUUAAAUUUUAAAUGAAAUUUUAAAAAAAAUCUAUGAUUUUAAAAAUGGACAGUCGAUUCCUUAAAUAGUUUUAUCUUUUUUUUUUUAUAGCUGAGCACCUUUAUAUUUAAGAAACUUUUUUUGGAUAGGUGAAUAAAUAUUUCCAUUACCAUUUACUUAAUCUAUUUGUAUGUAUUUCGUUUUUUCUAAUGUAUUCUAAUUAAAUGUGCUUGUAUUUAAAAUUUUAAUUGCUAUAUUUUCCUUAAAAAAAAUUAAAAAAAUAUUUUUUUUGUUUUCUUUUUUUGGGUACAUUUAGACCCUUAUUUUUCACAAUAACACUUCUCUUCAAUUAUGAAAUAUUUUCUAUGUCUUUCAAAUAUAUUAUAAAUUAGAUGCAUAUUGGUUAAAUUUUGAAUAGCUGAAAUUUACGAUUGUAUUUAUCAGUUAAAAUAAGUAUACUUUAUCUUAUCUGGAUCUAGCAUUUUUCGUUUUCUCAUUUCAUUGGAUUAGACGUUGCCUUUUUGAGUUAAGUUCGUUUACAUUUCUGUUCAUUUGUCUAUCUAAAAUGAAAGAUUUAGACUAUUCCAGAAAAUCUUGAACAUUCCCUAGUUAGUUAAUAAUGAUUAGAUCUUUAUUUACCCAGAAAUACAUAAAAGGAUUAAACACGUUAAUUUUAAUUUAGUAUGGCAAAAAAACCCACUAAAAAUUGUAAAAGACAGCGGACACAGAAGGCGAGGCGUGAGUGUGUGUGCAUAUGUGUGUGUGUUUGUGUAAAAGAGCUUUAAUAUAUUUAACACAUUUUGGCCUAUUUAAAAUUAUAUUGAACUUUUUGUUCUUUCAUAGGUUGAGUUGGCUAGUUUUUUUCAAAUAUUUAUUAUGUAUUUUUUAAACAAUUCUCACAUAAAUAGCGUUAAUUGUUAAUUGUUCAUAGGCUUGAGGAUUGUUCUGUCCUUUUUAACUCAUUCAAUCUUUUUUUUUUUUUUUGCUUACUGAGUAGUUUUAAUUUACUUCUUUGUUUUUGGGUUAGUUAUUUAAUCGUCAUCAAUAAACAAACCAAAAAUACCAAUUAUAUGUUAACAUAAAAAGGUUUCUCACGACAUAAAAUAUCCAAUACCAAUUAAAAAGGGAUUAAGAUCACAAUUUUUAAAUUUAUUCUACUACUUUAUUUUCUUUGUUUGGAUUUAUUUUUAGGUUUAAUUUGUGCAAGUAGCGUAAGAUGCUUUGAAGGGAAAUGCUACAAUUCUCCAGAUGAAAGUGAAAGAACUUCAAACACCAUUGAAAUGGAAUCUAGGCAUUGAAGAUUUCUUCAAUAAUCUUAUACUAUAUUGUGCAGUUAAAAUUGUUACUUUUUAAAAUCUUUUUUACCAAAUUAUUUUACCUAAAAGUAUCAUGUAAAUUUAACUAUGGUUUUGUUUUUUCUUAUGAUAGAUGUCAUGCGAA